CGAGCGCAGGAGGAGGGUGGCAGCCCAUGGCGGCGGGGCGCCGGCUGUGAGGCCAGCGGCGGCGGCGGCGGCGGCAGCGACUCCCCAGCCCUCGCCUGCCUUCCGCCGCCACCAGCACCCGCAGCUCCCUCGCCAGCCUCGCGGAGCCUGCCCCGACCUGCAGCCGCCCUCAACACGGAGGCCCAGGCACCCGAGCGGCGGGAGGAGGCGGAGGAGGAGGAAGAAGAAGAGGAGGAGGAGGAGGAGGAGGAGGAAAAUGAAGCUCCUGAAGCCGACCUGGGUCAACCACAGCGGUGAGCCAGAGGGGGACGGGGGGCUUCUGGGGCAAGGUGUGCGAGAGCAUGUGCAGAGAGCCGACCCACGCACCCCAACCCCACGCCCAAGGCGCUGGGGAGGUGCUCUGGGAUUCUGUGCAUGUGCCCUGCCUCUCGGGCAGGCCCCGGAGAAGCAGCGGGAGGCCUGAGCAUGUGCAGAGUUCCGCACACACCUGUUCUCCUGCUAAAGGGGUAGGGUUGGCUCCGAGCAUGUGCAGCUGGAGGGAGCUCAGAGCAUGUGCAGAGUUCCACCCACCUGUUCUUCUCCUAAAGAAUUAGGCUUGGCUUGGAGCAUGUGCAGCUCAAGGGAUCUCUGAGCAUGUGCAGAGUUUCUCUCUCUCACAAACACACACACACACACCUGUUUUCCUUUUAAAGAAUUAGGGUUGGCUUGGAGCAUGUGUAGCCUUCUGCGGUAGGGCUCCAGAGAAGCUGAGAGAUCUCUGAGCAUGUGCAGAGUUUCACACCCACCCACACCUGUUCUCCCCCUAAAGGAGUUGGGUUGGGCUCCAGAGAAGUCAAGGGAUAUCUGGGCAUGUGCGGAGUUUCACAUACAAACACACCUCUUCUCCUCCUAAAGAAUUAGGGUUGACUCAGAGCAUGUGCAGAAUCCUCAGCUGGGCUCCGGAGAAGCUGAGGGAUAUCUGGGCAUGUGUAGAGUCACUCCUUUCUUCGUUGCUGAGGAAGCCCCGAUGCAGCUGACGGGUGUUCCACAGCACACACCUCGGAACCUGAUUUGCAUUGAAUCAGGUUGUCAAUCUGUCUCCGAAGGAUAUCUCAGCAUCUGCAGAGUGGUGGCCCCUUCUCUUUAUUACUGAGGUAUCCAUUGGGCAUACCCCACGCACUUGGUGUGAAACAGAUAGGGGUUUCCAGAGUGCAGUUCAGUGAUCGUGACUUUCUCUGAGUAAGGUUUUUACUUGUUUUAUUUCCUUGCAUUUACAUUACAUCUCACUUUCAUCAUGGAACCCAGGGUGGCUUAGCUUUAGAAAAGUAGUGGCUCCGCAUGCCUUCAGACCAUACUUUGGGACACACAGGGCAAUCUCUGAAAGUUUCUGAACAUAUGCAGUGUUGGAAACUCAUAUAUACACAUACGUAUAAAGGUAAAGGGACCCCUGACCAUUAGGUCCAGUCGUGGCCGACUCUGGGGUUGCGGCGCUCAUCUCGCUUUAUUGGCUGAGGGAGCCAGCAUACAGCUUCCGGUCAUGUGGCCAGCAUCACUAAGCAGCUUCUGGCAAACCAGAGCAGCUCACGGAAACGCCGUUUACCUUCCCGCCGGAGUGGUACCUAUUUAUCUACUUGCACUUUGACGUGCUUUUGAACUGCUAGGUUGGCAGGAGCAGGGACUGAGUAACGGGAGCUCACCCCAUUGCGGGGAUUCAAACCACCGACCUUCUGAUCUGCAAAUCCUAGGCUCUGUGGUUUAACCCACAGCGCCACCCGUAUCCCUGCAUAUACAUAUACAUAUAUAAAAUACAAAGCUAGGUGCCAAAUGGCUCCCUAAACCAAGGUUACAGUUGCCAAAACGGGAUGUCUAGUUGCCAUUUUGGGGUAGGACGGCUCUAAAGAACUGCUGGCGCAAGUCUUUACUGCACUUGUGCAGCUCGGAAAGCAAAGCAACCCCAUAGAGCUCUUUGCAUUAAGCUAAGUAAGUUUUACAAGAUGUCAACUGCAAGCCCUUAAUCUGACAGUUUGCGAAAGGAGCAGAGCAAGGAAAGAGCUUUUCUGUGCUACUUUAAGUAGGUGUUAAUAGCAUACUGCUUCAGUAUAAUCAUACUCCAUGACAGCCAUGGGAAACAGGGCUUGUGGGGGUGGAGUGGGGUCAUCAUGUUGUUUGAGCCUUGAGGCCAUUUUGAUCAGGUCAUACGUACCUCCCAUACACCUGAUCAGGUGUGUUGCAGGUAAAGAUGUAGCUGAGCAGAAACAGGGUUUGCAGGCACUGCAAAGCACUGUGCCCUGGGCUUUACAAACCCUGAUGAUCAGUUGGCCAUUAUGUAUGUUUGUAUGUAUGUAUGUAUGUAUAAAGGUAAAGGGACCCCUGACCAUUAGGUCCAGUCAUGACCGACUCUGGGGUUGCGGCACUCAUCUCGCUUUAGUGGCCGAGGGAGCCAGGGUACAGCUUCCGGUCAUGUGGCCAGCAUGACUAAGCCGCUUCUGGCGAACCAGAGCAGCACACGGAAACGCCGUUUGCCUUCCUGCCAGAGUGGUACCUAUUUAUCUACUUGCACUUUGACUUUGACAGUGCUUUUGAACUGCUAGGUUGGCAGGAGCAGGGACCGAGCAACAGGAGCUCACCCCGUUGCGGGGAUUCGAACCGCCAAGCUUCUGAUCUGCAAGCUCUGUGGUUUAACCCACAGCGCCACCCGCGUCCCUGUAUGUAUGUAUAUGUCGCUUAUGUCGCCAAAUGGCUGUGUGACAGUGACCUGACUUGGCAAGCUCCAGCAAUCAGCUGAUCCUUGGCACUUGCAGAAUGCUGUUCACAGUACUAAGUUCACAGGACCAGCAUCAGUUGAUCCUUGACACUUUCCACUGUGAUGUCUGGUGAUUAACAGGUGGGGCAGCCCCAUCUUCCUGUCAAAUGUGGCCUGGGGCAAGCGGGGAGGUCAUAAGGGAGAUAAUGAUUUGGACUGUGGGUCACAUACAGUUCCCCACCUUUGCUCUGAUAUGUAACACCUGAUUGUAUGGUGAAGACUGUGGGAAUGUGUAUCAGGUUAAAGAAAGGAUCUACAGUUUUUAAAAUGCUGUUGUUCCUCUUGGGGUGGAGAUCGACCAGAGAGGUUCCUAAGUCUGGUUUCUUUGUCAUUCAGAGAGAAUUAGAUUAUAGGAUGUGAAUAAAUGGUUCCACUGGACCAGACAGACUGAUUGGGUUGCAUAGCAAACCUCCUUACUGCAUCAGACCAGGCACAAUUUAAAUAUUAUUUACCCGAUGCACAGAACACAAGAAAGCGCAUAGUCUGAGGACGCGGAGCAUAACUUUUUUAAAGUCCCUUACCAGGUGUGCAUCACCCAGAUUUCUGAGCUGCUGCUACAUGCACACUCUGCAGUGCUUACAGCACAGUCCUGGCCAUGUCUACUCAGAAGUAAGUUCUGUUGAAUUCAUCAGGUCUUACUCCCAGGUAAGUGGGGUUAGGAUUGCAGCAUUAAACUUUGUUCUUUGCAUACAGCAUCAAUAAAAAUAAGUGUUUUUUUCAGUGGGGGGGAUGUGUUUUCUUGGAUUAAAUAACAUCUAAAGUGGGUCACCAUUGCUCUGUCCAUUUAUUCAGCACGGGAGACAAGUGCAUCAGAGAGCUGAGCUUUAAUCUGGAAGGACAGGAAAUUGGAAGUCUGUGUGUUUGAGGAGAGAGGGGCGAAGUAAUCCACCCCACCUACCACAUGCUGCAGAGGUUCAGCUGGAUACCGUAUCAUUUACCUUGUCUCAGAAAUAUCCCCUUACCUGAUGGUCUGCAGAGACAGGCUGGUGCGACUUCUUUUGAUGUUUAAGGUGGUUUAGUGUUAGGAUAGCUUGCUGUUGUUGAGGGGUGCUUUAGAGCCCUGCUAGAGCAGGUUGGAAGGGAUUCCCAGGGCACAUACGUCCACAGUUUAUUCUGGAUGGGUACAUACCGUAUUUUUUUGCUCUAUAAGACUCACUUUUUCCCUCCUAAAAAGUAAGGGGAAAUAUGUGUGCGUCUUAUGGAGCGAAUGCAGGCUGCACAGCUAUCCCAGAAGCCAGAACAGCAAGAGGGAUUGCUGCUUUCGCUGCGCAGUGAUCCCUCUUGCUGUUCUGACUUCUAGGAUUCAGAAUUUUUUCCCCCUUGUUUUCCUCCUCCAAAAACUAGGUGCGUCUUGUGGUCUGGUGCGUCUUAUAGGGCGAAAAAUAUGGUAGUUCUCUCACUGCUCGUUCUACUAUUUAACACUGAGCAGCAUUCAUUGUCUUACCCUUUUCAAAUCGCUAUUUGUCAAUACCCUAGAAUAGGUGGUCUAUGAAGCAAGCUUACUUAACUGGAAGCCCCAAGCUUUGUGGAAGAGGUUUCAUGCUCUAACGUUGCCUCUGUGUGAUUUCAUAUAUAAUGCUGCAGUUGAGAGCUCCUUUGGAAAUUUGUUGUAAAGGCUUAUCCGGUCCCACUCUGAAACACACAUACACACCAAUGAAAAGGUUGGGUCAUGUGGCAAAGACCUCCCUGCAAGAAUACAGGGGUUGGCAUCCCUCGGCUAGGACUUUCAUGUCCUGCUGGCCUCUGGGAAGCUCACAUCUAUGAUCUAUUCAGACACUGUAGGAAGCAGAACGCCAGAUUAGACCUUUAGUCUGAUCCAGCGGGGCUGCCCUUUUUGAGUUAAGCCUGCUUUAGAGGUCUGUUGCUUGUGGAUUUCGAAAAAAGACUCCAGCAAAGUCGCUGAUAUUGAAGAUCACUAUUAACCACGCCAAGAAUUCCGACUGAAAAUGCUCAGAGGCAUUGGUUUAUGCCGUGGUCCUCUUCAGUGUCUGAGUAAUAUCUUGUGUUGGGCCUUCAAAAAGUGGCAAGUUUUCGUGGUUUACAAAGUGCGGAAAAAAAGUACCACUUCCGAAGAGGAUAGGUGAACACAGAUGUUUUAGCAAGUGAAAGGAAAAUGCUUAAGUUUUUAACGUAUCAGAUGCUGUCUGUGUUCUUGAUAUCACCUAUCCCUGGGGAGGCGGGGAGAGGAUGCCUUAAAGAAAAUUAGUGUGACUUUUGAUGAGAAUGCUUUCAAAGUGUCAAGGUGUACUUAUUUACUACACUUACCGUAUUUUUCGCUCUAUAGGACGCACCCGACCAUAAGAUGCACCUAGUUUUAGAGGGGGAGAACAAGGAAAAAAAUUCUCUCCUUCUCUGCACAGCACCCCUUAAGCGAAGAGGCAAGAGAAACGGAGCCCCUUCCAUUUCUCCUCCCGCUUCGCUGAAGGGGCGCUGCGCAGAGAGGGAAAGCUGUGCAGCACCUCUCCAGCAAAGCGAAGCCAGGAGAGCAAGAGGGAUCGGUGCGCACUGACCCCUCUCGCUCUCCAGGCUUCAGCAAAAGCAACGCGAAGCCUCCGGAGCGCAGUGUUGCUUUCGCUGAAGCCAUGGAGCCUGCAUUCGCUCCAUAAGACGCACACACAUUCCCCCUUAAUUUUUGGAGGGGAAAAAGUGCGUCUUAUAGAGCGAAAAAUACAGUAUCUAUCUGCUUUCUUCUGUCAUGGAACUGGAUAGGGUUUGCCAGGCAUUGCCCAAACCUAGACAGUGCCCUCAGUCCAGUGUAAGAAAUUAGCCAGGCUCGUUUGUUAUCGGCACGGGUCCAAUUGUGACCAUGUGGAGAUCUCUAGAUGCCAGGCUGGCAACUGACAUCUCCAUCUGGCUGGCCCCUGUAGCAGGUAAGCAGAAGAGCUCAUUUAUUGCAUUUAUAUCCUGCCCUUUUUCUCCAAGGAGUCCAUGGUUCACAGACCACCCCACCAUCUCACUUAAUCCCUACAGUGACCUUGUGAGGUAGGUUGAGAAGGUUUGACUUGGCCAAGGUCACCCAGUUAGCUUCAUGACUGAGUGGGGAUUUGAACCCUGAUCUCUCAGGUCCUACACUGGCUUCCUAGAGUACUCCUCUUUGGGUCAGCUAUAUAAAUUAAGUAGGUAAACAAAUAUGGGGAAAGCAGAAUGCCAGUUGUAGAAGGAUCUGAAAUAUUUUACUUGAAGUUAGAAUUGGUUUUAUUCUGGAUUGUUUUAUUUUAUAUUUUAAUGCGUUGUAAACCACUUUGAGGGUUUCCCCCAAAUAUUCUUUAAAAUACAAAGUGGUAUAGAAAUGAAAUGAAAAAUCAUAAUAAUACCUCUCAUUAUUAUUUUUUUAAAAAGGCGCCUAGACAUUCCAAUGUGGCAAGUGCAACCUAGGUUUAAGGUGCCAUUUGGCGAUUAGCUUAUAUUUCUGAGUUUUUAACACUCUUUAUGUUCCUCUUGUUGUGACUGUAUAGGCUUGGCAGGUACAAUUCGUUAGCUAGGCCAAAAGCUAUACCUACUGAAAUUUUGUUUUCUGCACCAGUGUCAAAGGUAGAAAGAGUUCCUUCCACCUUCUGUUGCUUCUGUGCUUUUUCUUCCUCAUUUAUUUCCUCUUUUAAAAACAAAACAAAAACCUAAAUAUACAAGCAGAAAGAGAUUGUGGUAGAACCGCUGUUGUGGCUAGGGCUGGGUUAUGGUAUAUCAGUAUAGCAUCCAAAAUGGGUUUGAAGUCCAAAUUGUGAUAUUGGUUUCAUAGUUUUUGACCUGGCCAAUAUAUUGCAAAUCAUGGGGUGUGGGUGUGUGCUAUGCAAAAAUUGCAAUGUGGGAAAAAGCAUGAAGCCAGCCAAUGCCUUUACAUAGCUCCAUCCUUAUUUCUGACAUUGUGAUAUAUCAGUAUAUUGCGAUGCUUUGUUGUUGUUGUUUAGUUGUUUAGUCGUGUCCGACUCUUCGUGACCCCAUGGACCAGAGCACGCCAGGCACUCCUGUCUUCCACUGCCUCCUGCAGUUUGGUCAAACUCAUGCUGGUAGCUUUGAGAACACUAUCCUUGUGCCCUCCAUCUUUCCCAACAUCAGGAUCUUUUCCAGGGAGUCUUCUCUUCUCAUGAGGUGGCCAAAGUAUUGGAGCCUCAGCUUCAGGAUCUGUCCUUCCAGUGAGCACCCAGGGCUGAUUUUCUUAAGAAUGGAUAGGUUUGAUCUUCUUGCAGUCCAUGAGACUCUCAAGAGUCUCCUCCAGCACCAUAAUUCAAAAGCAUCAAUUCUUUGGCGAUCAGCCUUCUUUAUGGUCCAGUUCUCACUUCCAUACAUCACUACUGGGAAAACCAUAGCUUUAACUAUACGGACCUUUGUUGGCAAGGUGAUGUCUCUGCUUUUUAAGAUGCUGCCUAGGUUUAUCAUUGUUUUCUCCCAAGAAGCAGGCGUCUCUUAAUUUCGUGGCUUGUAUCACCAUCUGUAGUGAUCAUGGAGCCCAAGAAAGUAAAAUCUCUCACUGCCUCCAUUUCUUCCCCUUCUAUUUGCCAGGAUGCUUAACUGGUGAUAUAUCACGAAGCUGAAAACCAGAUACUGCCCAGCCUUAGUUGUGACCUACCUUAUAUCGGAUCCUGUCUUCCAUGAAUGCUAGUGCACACUUCCAAACGCUAAUAGCAGAAGGCUUAGUUGGAACCUGGUUAUGACCCCUUCAAAGGUGGGAAACCCCGUAACUGUGAAAAUAACGAGACAGAAAGCAACCUGGGCCAUACCAUUUUGGAAUGUGUACCUUAGGGCAGUUGAUAUUGACUUCAGGGGGAAACGGAAGAGUAAACGCUAGUUACUGCAGCAUAAUGUACUGUUGUGGUUGGUGCUUGUGUGCGGCGUGCCUUUGGGCUGGAACGCUGUAGCUUGGAUAGUUGCAGAAGAAAAUUUUGUCCCAAACUACACAAGCAUUCCAAACCAAGGCAAGCUGUCAUUAGGGAAAUUACUAUAACUAGGCAACUUGUUCAUAAGAAUGCUGAUUGUAGGGUAUUUGGCUAGCAAAGCUGGUUGUAAAGUGAUUCCCAUACAAAAUAACGGCAUUGAUCUGUCCCCAUCCAGCCAUCAUAGCUCUGAACUGCUGUGGUAAGAAAGGAAAGAAUCGGAAACCCUCUAAAUUAAGUAGUAUUAAGAGGCAUAUCGGGACGCGGGUGGCGCUGUGGGUUAAGCCACAGAGCCUAGGACUUGCCGAUCGGAAGGUCGGUGGUUCAAAUCCCCGCAAUGGGGUGAGCUCCCGUUGCUCAGUGCCCUGCUCCUGCCAACCUAGCAGUUCGAAAGCACAUCAAAAGUGCAAGUAGAUAAAUAGGUACCAUUCCAGCGGGAAGGUAAACGGCGUUUCCGUGUGCUGCUCUGGUUUGCCAGAAGCGGCUUAGUCAUGCUGGCCACAUGACCCGGAAGCUGUACGCCGGCUCCCUCGGCCAAUAAAGCGAGAUGAGCGCCGCAACCCCAGAGUCAGCCACGACUGGACCUAAUGGUCUGGGGUCCCUUUACCUUUGCCUUAAGAGGCAUAUCACGCUCCUUCCUAAGUAAUAAAACACUAGGUUCACCGUGGAGAUACUUCCAACAGAGGGAGAAAUGCUUGAAGCAUGUAGAUGUUCUGCGACAAGGGUCGGCAAUUUUUUUUAGCGGCGGGCUGGUCCACUGUCCCUCAGACCUUGUGGCAGGCUGGGGGGGUGGGGAGCUGGAAGAAGAGGUGAGGGGGGCAAGUACCGUAUUUUUCCAUGUAUAGACUAGGUUUUUUCCCUUUAAAAUAAUGUCAAAAAUAGGGGGCGUCUUAUACACGGGGGCAUCUUAUAGAUGGAAAAAUAUGGUAUUCCUUCUCCCUAGCCCCAGCUGCUAUGCUGCUGCCACUGCCACCACCACUGCCACCGCCACCGCCGCGUCUUCUCGUGGGUAGGCAGAGUGAGCUCCUCCACUCUGCUGUCUGGCCCACAGGAGCACCAGGGCUGUGGCAUAGCUCAGUUGGUUAGAGUGUGAUGCUGAUAACACCAAGCUUGUAGGUUCAAUCGCUGUGUGGGACAGCUGCAUAUUCCUUCAUUGCAGGAAUAUGAUUCUAGCAUAUUUUAACUCUGAGAUCCUAGCAUGUUCAGACUUUUAAGAUCUUUGGAAUAAGUUUGUCCUCAGGAAAAACAGAAUAUACUCAAGCAUAUUGAUUUAAAUAUUUUAGGGAGGAAUGGGACCUCAAUGGUUUAUCAGGUGCAAUCUCCUGCACGAAGCUAAAAUCCUUCCCAAAACUAUCAGUUUUGGUAGGUUUGCAAAUAGUGCUAUGAAAACAUAGCUGCGUGUACGGUUCCUUAUCUUGCUGUUUCCAGACAGCUAAUCCCUGUAAUCCCAGUGUUUCAUCCUUUGCUCAUCUGUUACCAGAUGCUCAGUGCUUGGGAGAAGAAGGUGUUCAGUAAAGUAGCCGAAACUUCAUUCAGACCUCCAAUGGCAGGCAGUGGGCAGUAAUAUCACCAAUCCAAAAGAUUUCAGAAAACGUUAUCAUUAAAAAUGCACAUUUGGAUAAACUUUUACUUAGCUUUGAGUCUUUAUUCUUUUCUCCCACCCACCCAUAAAAAAACAACCCGGAAGGUUUUGAAGGGUUUUUACAAUGUCUGCUUCAGUACAGUGGUACCUUGGUUCUCAGACUUAAUCCAUUCUGGAAGUCCGUUCCAAAACCAAAGCGUUCUAAAACCAAGGUGCGCUUUGCCAUAGAAAGUAAUGCAAAAUGGAUUAAUCCGUUCCAGACUUUUAAAAACAACCCCUAAAACAGCAAUUUAACAUGAAUUUUAUUAUCUAACGAGACCAUUGAUCCAUAAAAUGAAAGCAAUAAAUUAUGUACUGCAGUCACACAGUCAAUCAAUUAGUAGUUGAAUUGGGUCCACACAGUCACAAAAACAAACAAAGAGCCGCAAAAAAACAGACCUCAAAAUAAAUAGCAAAAACAGACAGACCUCGGCGUAAAACUCACAACAGAAGUGUGGCACUCAAAACGGAAGUGAGGCAAUCAAAUCAGAAGCGUAACACUCCAAACGGAGCACAUUCUACUUCCGGAAGAAGUUCGCAAGCCGGAACACUUACUUCCGGGUUUGCAGUGUUUGAGUUCCAAAUUGUUUGAGUUCCAAGGCAUUUGAGAACCAAGGUACCACUGUAUAAGGACAACCUGUGUGCCAGACUGUCACCUAACAGCAGCUAUUCUAGCAAGCUGCAGAGCAAAGGGGGAGAAGGGAAGCAGGACUCUUCCAUCAGUUCUGCUGAAAUACCAGCUUCCCAGACUAAGCUGCCUGAACAUUUUCCAUUCUAGCUGAUCAAUAUAAAAAACUGAAGCUUCAGAAACAGGUGCCUCCACGCUCUGCCUGCCGUUCAAUCCCCAUCUCUCUCUUUUCAAAAUUUUGUGCCGUGUCUAAAAGAUCGUAAGCCUGAGAGCAGGGACUGUCUUGGUUUUCUUUAUUGUUCUGUAAGCCUCCCUGACAAACUCUUUGACACUAAAAAGCAAGGUAAAAAUGCUUAAACAGUGUAGAAAAUGGUUGAAUUUCGUUCUGUUUGAAUUUAUUGAUCCCUUUUAUAAACUGGCGUGUUGCCACCCCCCACCAAAAUAAAUGUUUUGUGCUUCGAUAAUAGGUGGACAUUUGUUGUACGGUGUUUUCGGCACAGCUCAGUAUGGAAAAGAGGCAUACAAAUUAGCUAAAUCAAUCAAUAAAAGCAUCUUGCUGUUAGCUGAAAAAUGUUCGCCAUCAUUCCUGCAAUGGAGACACUUGGAUGCAGGAUAUAUGGCUAGCCACAGAAAGCCCUAUGUUUAGUCUCCAGCAUUUUGACAGCAGAUACCAACAAGAAGUGCCUUCUCUGUCAAGAAGUAUUGAAGAAAUAUUUUACUUUUGCUUUUCUGUUUUCCUUUCAAAAAAAGUUGACAACUUACUAAAGAUGCGAUUACUUAAAAUAUUUUGGGAGUAUUGGACCUGCUGGAUUGGAUUACAGUGGUACCUCAGGUUACAGACGCUUCAGGUUACAGACGCUUCAGGUUACAGACUCUGCUAACCCAGAAAUAGUACCUCGGGUUAAGAACUUUACCUCAGGAUGAGAACAGAAAUCGGGCGGCGGCAGCGGGAGGCCCCAUUAGCUAAAGUGGUGCUUCAGGUUAAGAACAGUUUCAGGUUAAGAACAGACCUCUGGAACGAAUUAAGUUCAUAACCCGAGGUACCACUGUACUGUAACAUUUGAGCUCUGGAAAUUUAUUUUAUCAUGUUUGAAGAAGUGUUAUAUUAUUUGUUGGUUUGCUAUUUGCCGAAUUGCUGUUUUUCCUCCUUAACUGGUCAAAUUUCAACCUAAGCCCCAAGUUUCCUUUUUCUCCUCAUGCCUGUGCCAAAUAGGGCAGUCAUCAAUCCCUGUCAGACAGGAGCAAAUACCUUUUUUGGCUUGUUUCAACAGGAUAUAAAAAUAGGCCAACUGUCGGGAGAAGAGGAGGGACCAAAGAAUAAUGCAGCCGCUGCAAACCCAAAUAAGUUGCGGUGUUGGUGCUGGGAAGUGAACAGCGGCCCUGACAGAUGCCUAAGCCUUUAGCUUUUUUAAAAGUUCCCAAAUGGGGCAGGUCCAGAGUGGAGGGAGUCCUUGUGGAGAGUGGAGGGAGGCCUUUCUAUGAGUGGAACAUGCCUUCCCCAUUUCGAAGGACACUAUUGGAUCCAGCCUGAUGUUCUGUUUUGGCAAAAUGCAGAUACAGAGAGCUGCUAUUGUAUUGGAAUAACAAUUAUACUUCACUCUGGGUAACUCUCUUGCUGUCUUUCUUCUUUCUCUUCCCCCACCUUCCUGCCGCACACACACAACUCUGAUUCCCCUUUGUUUUUAGAUUCUAAGCCCCUUGGGCUAUGAUCAAACUUGUUUAUUCUAAAGUGCCAUGUGUAUAAUAUAGCGCCAAUUAAAAAAAUUGCAUUUGCAUAACUCAAACAAAUAUCAUUCAAGUAACUUAAUGCUUGGUACAGAGGAUCUGCUGGAGGUACUCAGUACCAUAAAGUGUGAUCUCUUAUUUGACUUUUUAUCCCACUGGGUUCAAAAGAUGGAGAAACUGUGAUAAGAUCUUCAGAUGAGCCCCCUUUUGAACAAAUGUACUGCCAAUUGGUGCAAUGUGCUAGGUAUGUUUAAAGGAGAGAGAUUUGUCUAUAGUGCCACCCAGCUUAAGGAGGUUCAACACAUGCCAACUUCAGGCCUUCUUCUUUGCCUUUUUUGAUCCACCACUUUAAAACUAACUUUACAGCCUCUGCCAGCUGUUCAGUUUCCUAAAUCAUUGGAUUUUCUCAGUGGUUGUGUUGUACACUGUCCCGGAAUCCGUUGGAAGUGGUAUAGACAUCUUAAAAGCAUGAUUUCCUGUUGCUUUUCUAAAAAUAAAAGUGUAACACCUGCCAUCAGUCGUGUGCUGAAAUGAUGCCUGCUUUCAGAACAAAUUUCAAAAGUGUGAUGGUUCUAGGGGUUGCUCGUGCGUAAAUCGGCGCCACACCUGGCUGGGUUGCCUGAGUGAACCCUUUCUGUCCGGACAGCCACUCGCCCGUGGCUGUCUCAAUCGCUGGCAGAAUCCGUCAGUGGGCGUUUCUUGAACUUCUUCCAGCAAAGAAGUUUUUUGACGCCUAGUCUCCGCCUGCUAUCCCUGCGCGGAAGCCUUCUGCGCAGGGAGGGUGUGGGCAGUGGAGGACCCGUGCUCUGCCCGCUGGUCCCCGGCGAGGAGUCAUGGAGCCACCUCGCUGAUUCCCCCAUCUGCCCCCCUUCUCCACUGGUGCUACGCUGAUUUCCUUCCCCAGAAGAUGUGCUGCUUCUCUCCCUCCCGGGACGCUCUCCGGAAACCCUCUGGAGCCCUCCCUCUCCCCAUGGCUCCGAUGGCAGUUCCCUGACAAAAAGUCACACUCAGUGCCAGAUCGCUGUUUGGCUUGGACUGUGCCGCAGCAUGGCAGAACAUCAACUGGUGGUUUGGAUGGCAGGGAGACAUUUGGUAUCGAAUUCACUUUGUGUACAACCUGGUACAUUGUGGGAAGAGGCUGCCAAGUCAUGUGAUUUUGUUUCUCUUACUGUUUUUCAGGGAAGCCGAUAUUUUCAGUUGACAUUCAUCCAGAUGGGACCAAGUUUGCAACUGGAGGGCAAGGUAUGUUCACAGAUGAUAUCCUCUUGAGAAAACCCUGUUUCCAAGUUGAUUACUGGUUACCUUGAAAAUAAAUCAUGGAUCAUGUUUUUUCAAUGCAGUACCAAAGAGUUACAUGUGGGGCUGAUUGCAUGAUAACCAUUGCAAACCAUACAUAUUUUUUUACUUUGAUGCAGAGGUGGAAGGUAAAAUUGCAUAAGCCAUUUCUCAUAGUACUGAUCUACCCUCCUUUCAUACAUGCAGAAGUAAUGAACCACAGUUUGUGGCUUAACGUUGCGUCUGAACCAGUAAUCUGCUUCAUUUGGACCAUGAUCAUUAAGCCAAGGUGUGUUCUUGGCUUUUGUUGGCAUGAAACAACCCAUGAUCCUUAGCUUGGAUGUAAAAGUGUGCUGUGGUUCAUGGUUUGCUGCUCUCGCUUGUGCAAUAGGAGAAGCAAAAUGCGAGAGAUCUUUGCAUUCGGGCUAAACUAUGGUUUAGCAUGAGGUCCAAACAAUAAAUGAGACUUGCUGUAAAUCUUUCAACACUCAUAUUUUCAGUAAAGGUAAAGGGACCCCUGACCAUUAGGUCCAGUCGUGACCGACUCUGGGGUUGUGGUGCUCAUCUCACUUUAUUGGCCGAAGGAGCCGGCGUACAGCUUCCGGGUCAUGUGGCCAGCAAGACUAAGCCGCUUCUGGCGAACCAGAGCAGCGCACGGAAACACCGUUUACCUUCCUGCCAGAGCGGUACCUAUUUAUCUACUUGCACUUUGACGUGCUUUCAAACUGCUAGGUGGGCAGGAGCAGGGACCGAGCAACGGGAACUCACCCCGUUGCGGGGAUUCGAACCACCGACCUUUUGAUCGGCAAGUCCUAGGCUCUGUGGUUUAACCCACAGCGCCACCCGCGUCCCUCAUAUUUUCUGUAGGAUGCCCCAUAUAACAUAUUAAGACAUUUCUUCCUUUAAUUACCGUACAGUGAAGCUGCCCUUAUUCUGUUGAAUUGUGUUCCUGUUGAGAUAUGACAGGCGGUCACAGUCUGUACUUUUCAGGAACAAUGGAAAAGGCUUUUGUUCCAACAGGCUUUCCCAGCUGCAUAAACGUGUCCUUGCCAUGAGUGUGUCUAUUUGGCAUUGUUUUAGUUUUGUUUAAUUGUAUCAGUUGUGUUUUUGUGUGUGGUGACUGCCUUGAGAUUAUUGUGUGAAAGGUGACUAAUAAAUGGAUGACAAUGAUAAUUCAUUGCUGUUUUACACCAGUUCAGGGCCAGCUCAGAUCUUUGGCUCCUGUUGAUACUGUCCUUCACACGGGGAGGAUGGGUUGGAGUGCACAUAUUAUGCUGUGACAGGUGUCUCUCCCCUCUCCCCCCGUUACCUGUGAAUCUUUGCCUCCCCACUUAAAAGAGGUGAAAUAAUCACAGAUAACACGCAAAUGGCCAUUUCCCUUAUCUGCUAGAAAUUGAAGGGAAUGGCAGCAUUUCAAUGGGGACAAAACCUGAUACCUUCCCUGCCACACUAGAGAUCCAGUUAGGCUUUUUCAUGCAUCACACGGAAUGUGGGUACACUGUAUACAUGUGUUUGUUUGAAAACGGCGCUUGCUUGUUCAUUUGUACAGCUCAGCUAGCAUGUAAGGAUACCUACAGACUGUGCACUUGCUGGUGGUUACAUGUGAAUAAAUUUUCAGUCCAACUGUUAUGUAUAAAGAUUGUGUGCUUGUUGAAUAUGUGUUUGUGUGUGUCUGUGGGCUGUGUAAAUCCUGUAAGGAAAGGAAACAGACAACAGAAUGUUAUUAAAUCACACAUUUUAAAAUCAUGACAAACAACACAUGCUUGUUCUACAACUAAUAUUGUUCAGGUUCUUCUCUCCCAACCAUUUCUUUUCCUUGUCAAAUUUUAAGAUUAAAAACUAAUAAUUUAUUAUUAGUAUCAUUGCUGAUGCUAUUUUAACUGUCCUUUUCCAGCGCUCGGAGUGACAUGGUUUUAAAACUACAGAAAUAAUUAAAAAUCUAUAACCUCACCAUAGAAAAGAACAGAAACAAGAACUGGCAGCAAUGUAACUGCUAGAUCAUCAUCGCAAUUCAGCUUUGCCUCAUAGAGAUAGACCUUCUCCACACGCAAGUUUUCCCUGCCACAAUGAAGGGCAUUUUGUUAGCUUACAUUGAUCUUGACAUUGCUCAGCGUAGUUUAAAAUGUGUAAUUUAAUAACAGUCUGUAACUGGUUUCCUUUCUUUGCUUUAUUUACAUUGGCCGGCUCAACCCCAUUUCUGUUAAUCAAAUCAACAAUGCAAGCAAACCUUGUUGCUGUUUCUGAAGAGUGACAUUUGAUAAUCUGACUAAAUCGUCUUGGCCAUUUUCCUUUCUUAGUUUAUAAGUUUGAAUAAUCAUUCUAGCUAUUUGUCUCCAUAUGAUGCUGUUUUGUUGUUUUGAUUUCCUCCUGGAAUCCAACCUGCAAUUACACAGUCCCUUAAACCCUGUCGAUUUUAGCAAAUCUGGUGCAUCUGUAUGCUAUGGGCUCGACUGCAACUUUUGUUUCUGCGUAGACAGUUUAGUGUCCUAGGGCCAAGGGCAAAUUAGCUGAAUGUAUUUUGAAUGGGAAUGUAUGGGAAUGUAUGUAUAGCUCAGUUGGUAGAGCAUGAGACUCUUAAUCUCAGGGUCAUGGGUUUGAGCCCCAUGUUGGGCAAAAGAUUCCUGCUUUUCAGGGCGUUGGAAUAGAUGAGCCUUGUGGUCCCUUCCAACUCUACAAUUCUGUGAUUCAGCAGUUCUGAAUUCUGUGGUUCUAUGAAACACCGCCUGGGUGCUGUAGAGUUGUAGGCUGUAAUCCAGGGGUGCCCAGACUUUUUUCAAAGAGGGCCAGAUUUGAUGAACAUGCGUGAUGGCCCACCAAAGUUGUUGAGCUUUUUUUUUACCAUUUCCCCCCAAAGUUGUUCUGCUCUUUUUAGGAUUUUACCCCUAUUAAAUCGACCGGCGGGCCAGAUUAGGACUUUGCACAUGCCUGCUGUAAUCCUAUAUAGUUUUACUUGGAAAUAAGUCCCAUUGGACUCAGUGGUGCUUCCAGCCAGUGGCCUUCAACCAGUCAAGACUUGAGACCCACCUCUGACUUCCAAGCUGCAACGUAGGACCCAUCUGAUUUAUAGCUGGUAGCCUUAUAGCAAUGCAUAUGAUUGAACCCUAAAAUGGCAAUUCACAGAACAAUAUACAUAGUGUUACUUCUGCAUCACUGCUGAAUGAAAACGAAUCCUGCAGCGUGGCAAGAGAAAGGCGUGAGCAUGCAGUUGCCCAGAAAUAGGCAUUUUAUUUUAUUUUGUAAAUGGCUUCUGCCUUCCUCCUUCUACAUUGCAGCACUCGUGGAAAUUGAUAAAAUGAGCAUUUUGUCCAGUGAACGCGUCCUGGUCCAGAUAAGCAUGUAGUGCUCUUUUGGUCUGCUCAGCCGAAGCUGGAAAUCCAACAUGGCGGCAACAGCUUUGCUGAGGGCCACCUGGUGUGGCCUUGCGACCCAUCCCUGGGUCCCAACCCAGGCUGAAGACCUAUGUCCUGAGCAGAUUUGUUGUGUGCUCUAUCCAAAGCAGCAAGUGCAAGUAUUUACUCUUGUGCAAUGGAAUUUAUCCCCACCCUCUUGUUACCCCUCCCCCCCAAAAAAAUCAGUUCUGGGUCCGUCCGUCCCCCAACCCUCUGGAGCAGAUUGGAGAGGAGGGUGCAGAGUGGGCUUGGGGGAGUUUUGCUGUGCAAAUGUAAAUGGAACUCUGUAGUUGCAACCCACCCACCCCACAGUGUUGCACUGUCAGUCUUUCUCUAUUUGAUCAUCAUCAUCAUCAUGGCUGCAUGCAGGUAACGGAAGUAUUCUCUGUGGAAACACCAGCGCUUUUCUGUAAAAUGGUAUGUUGAUUUCUCUUUGUCCUUAGGACAGGAUUCUGGGAAGGUUGUGAUAUGGAACAUGGCUCCCGUCCUCAAAGAGGAAGACGAAAAGAACGAGAAUGUACCCAAGAUGCUCUGUCAGAUGGACAAUCAUUUAGGUAUUGUACAACAGGGAAGCGCGGACUUCAGGUUUGUGGGAUCCAGGAGAGCUCCAACAUCCGCCAGGGUGGUUAGGUGCAACAGGCAUACAGUGGUACCUCGGUAUACGAACGGGAUCCAUUCUGGAGCCCUGUUCGCAUCCUGAAUGGAAUGUAAGACGCGACGGGGCAUCUUCACGUGCGCGGGUCGCGUUUUGCCACUUCCGCGCAUGCGCGUGACGUCAUUCUGAGCGUCUGCGCAUGCGCGAGCGGUGAAACCCGGAAGUAACACGCUCCGUUACUUCCGGGUUGCCGCAGAGUGCAACCCAAAAGCACUCAACCUGAAGCACAUUCAACCCAAGGUAUGACUGUACUGUAAGGAUUAAAGGAUUUUGAGACCUGGAAUUUGUUUGGCUGCUUUUUAGUACGGUACCAGAAAUGGACAGAGCUCACAAUCCUUUAGCAGAGAAAUCCACUUCUGGUUUACCCUUCACCCCCAGCUCUCGUAAUUUCAGACGUAUAAUUUAAAGGGGCCAGGGCCGGAAUUUUGUUCUUUAAUCAUUGAUAGUCGGAAAUCCUUGACUAUUUACUGAAAAUUGCCCAGAGAUAUAACACUACAUCUCUUAUCUACCUUCUGUCUAUCCCUCCUGGAGAAUUACAUUUCCAUUUCGGUGCUGGUUGGUCAGUAAAGUUCCAGGAAUGGCAUGGAGUAGUGUUCUUCAACGUUGGGUCCCCAGAUGUUGUUGGACUACAACUCCCAUCAUCUUUCACAAUUGGCUAAGCUGGUCAGGGAUGAUGGGAGUUGUAGUCCAACAACACAAGGGACACUACAUGGUUCUGGUGUAGAGAACCGUGGGCCUUAAUUGCAUAUCAGAGGAGUGUAGACUUUGAAAACUGCUUUGAAUGUUACACUAAGCCAUGGUUUGGUGUUAAGGAAUGACCCAUCUUCUUGCAUGCUCUAUGCCCCCCCCCCCCGCUUGUUCCACUUUUUAGAAAUACCUUUCUGAUGUCCAGGGAUGAGUGGGUUGUGCUAGAAUGCCAGAUGGUACCUAUUCUCAGUUGCACCAUUUUUUAAAGGACCUUAAGUUAUGCCACUGAAAUAUUUGCUAGGUGACCCAUUCAUUUUAAAGGCGAACAGAAGGCUGCAAAGAUUUAGGUGCUCAUACACACCACCUCCUCCAAUAUGACCCAGCCCAAGUUGUGAGAUAAACAUUAAUGGCCCUGCCCUUUAUCCACCACGAGAACAUGUAUGUGGGUACAAAAGACAGGGUCUUUCCAGUAGAGGGGACCUGAAGCAUUGAGCAUAUUGAAUCUUGUCAUUGGCUAAGAUUGGUUAAUACCUGCUUAUCAAACGAAGCAUGCUGCUAUUGAGUGCAUUGAUAGGUCUUCGCCUCUGAUGUUGCUGAGUUUUUGUUUCAUUUUAUUUUGCUUUCCUGGGUUACUGUUUUACAGACGUGACAUUAUGCCGCUUCGCUCGGCUUGUAAGCUGUUUUGAUCAUUGCAGGUGGAAAAAGCUAAAAUUCCAAACAAUAAGUACAUUUCAAAUACUUGUUUUGUUGGUAACACAACAUCUCUGAAGAAAAGCAUUGUUUGAAAUGUAGGCAAUCACAUUUCCUUCCCUCUUCAUUCAUGGUUAGUUCCCCCUCCACUCGUACUGUUUGGUGGGUGCAGCCCCCACCUCCCACUGGUGGGACAGAAACACAAUCUGUUUCUGCAGCUGAGAUCCAGUGCAUGAACACUGCAGAAAGAUAAAGACGCCAUUACGAUUAUCAGAAGCAUACAGGGAGAAUUGCAAAGGGUGUGAACCCAUAAAAAAUACUGUGAACUAUUCUGACGUGCCUUGAUACAAAAAUCCACCUUCUUUCCGUUUGUGUGUGUUUCUUCCAUUUUAGCAUGUGUGAACUGUGUACGAUGGUCAAACAAUGGCAUGUAUCUGGCUUCCGGGGGAGACGACAAGCUGAUCAUGAUUUGGAAGAGAGCUGCGUAAGUGUGCUGCCCGUCCCAAAUUUACAUCUUUCCCUGUUCUCUGAACGUUUGUUGAAUUAUUCCCUGUUUCUUAUCUCCAGAGUUCUGUAAACACUUUCUAGAAUACAAAAAGCUAAUUUUUUUGCCCAGGCUUUCCCUGACCCACGAGGUUGCACCCUGACUUAUGUGUCUUAAUCCCCUGAAUUCCUGUUUUACUUGCUUUUACAGUCGUACCUCUGAAGUUGAACACCUUGCGAGUCGAACAUUUUGGCUCCUGAACGUCACAAACCCGGAAAUGAGUGUUCCGGUUUGCGAACGUUCUUUUGGAACCCAAAUGUCUGAUGCAGGUUCCGCGGCUUCCGAUUGGCUGCAGGAGCUUCCUGCAGCCAAUCAGAAGCCAUGCCUUGGUUUCCGAACAUUUUGGAAGUGAACCAACUGCCGGAACGGAUUCUGUUCGACUUCCGAGGUACGACUGUAUCUAUAUUGGUUUUGUUUGUUUUAGGUUUGUAUUUUUGUUCCAAUGAAUGGUUUUUUUUCUGUCGUACAGAGUCUACACUGCUUAGAGAUUUAUUUAUUUUUAAAAAAUUGUGGUUAGGCUUUUGAAUAAAAUGAAGAAAUUAAAUAAAUACAGGCUCCCUAUUAAAAGUCUCCUCUAAAUGUGUGGUGGGGUUUUUGUCUGCUAAAUUUCAUUUCAACCGUUGUGGUGGUUCACAAAGGAAUUCUGCCGUGUGGUUGCUUUUGGUAACUCUUGUUCUUGUCUUCCAUAGGUACAUUGGGCCGAGCACAGUGUUUGGUUCCAGUAGUAAACUUGCUAACGUAGAACAGUGGAGGUGUCUCUCAAUCCUUCGAAGCCAUUCGGGGGGUAAGUGUGUCUGAAACACUGGAAGGUGCUCACAAUGCAUUACUAGAUCUCUCAACCCAUCCCAAAGUUCAAUCCCCGUUAUCUGGUCUGCUUUAGAUAGAUGCUAUUUGGCACCCAGUAGAAUGGUCAGCAGGGAUGCUGUGGGUUAAACCACAGAGCCUAGGACUUGCCGAUCAGAAGCUCGGCGGUUCGAAUCCCCGUGACGGGGUGAGCUCCCGUCGCUCGGUCCCUGCUCCUGCCAACCUAGCAGUUUGAAAGCACGGCAAAGUGCAAGUAGAUAAAUAGGUAGAUAAGUAGAUAAAUACCUCCAGCGGGAAGGUAAAUGGCGUUUCCGUGCGCUGCUCUGGUUCGCCAGAAGUGGCUUAGUCAUGCUGGCCACAUGACCCAGAAGCUGUACGCCGGCUCCCUCAGCCAAUAAAGCGAGAUGAGCGCCGCAACCCCAGAGUCGGUCACGACUUGACCUAAUGGUCAGGGGCCCCUUUACCUUUACCUAGAAUGGUCAGCAUUACUUUCCAUUGCACUGCUCUGGCAGUUAUUUACAUCCUCACUUAACAGGUGGCCGGCUAGAUAAAAGGCAGCAAAUAGCAAGAGUCAUACCCUAUGAGCUCAUCCCAUAGUCAUUACCGCACUUCCCCGUGUAUAACACGCCCCCCCUAUUUUGGGGGACUCCGGUUUCAGAAGAUGGCCCCACAGUUGUUGAGCUUUUUUUUGGAGGGGGGAUUGGAGUUGUUGAGCUUUUUUGGAGAGGAUUGCCCAGAGUUGUUCAGCUUUCUUUGGGGGGGGGGAUGCAGUGAAUCACUAACCCAACAGUUAAAAUCGCUCGCACCGCUGGCUGACAAUCGCUCGCAUCUGCAACAAGCAGACGGCUGUGAAUUUCAGUUCUCUGAACUCAAAGGGAGCUGUUAAGUGGAUGGGUGGCUAGUUUUCUGUUUCCCCUGAGAAAUGGUUCGCUUAAGGUGUGUGUUUGUUUGCUUUUUGCAUCCCCCGCAGAUGUCAUGGAUGUGGCGUGGUCUCCUCAUGAUGCUUGGCUGGCCUCUUGUAGUGUGGAUAACACUGUUGUCAUCUGGAAUGCUGUCAAAUUCCCAGGUAUAACGUAGAGUUCUGACUAUCAAAAGGUAAUGGUUUGUUUUGUGGGGGCCGCCGCUCAAUAUGGCAAACCUUUUUGAACAAAACAAACAAACAAACCCGGUUCACCCAUAUAGCGCUAAGCGAAGCCCAUGGUUUAGCACAAAUGAGCAUCACAUGGGUUCAUGGAACAAGGACUGUGCCCUCUCCUGGUCCUGCUGCUGCCCUACUACCUAGGACUAAGCCAUGGUUUGGCUUAGCAUUACGUUCGAACCUGGGCUCAUGGUUUGUCUUGCUCCAGAAAAACCACAUGCUGCAACCAGGGUUUGUUCUCAGUUUAUUACUUACGAUUUGUCUGGGGAAGGCAAACCAUGAGCCCAAACUCAGAUGUAAUGCUAAGCCAAACCAUGGCUUAUCCCCAGGUAGCAUGGCAGUGGCAGGACUGAGAGAGGAGUGCAGGGGAUGCAAUCUUCACUCUGGAGACCCACGUUUGGUCAUUUGCAGUAAGCCAUGGUUUGACUUGGGGCUACAUGCAAACUGGGCUACCAUGCUGACCUCAUGAAUAUUACUGACCCCGCUAAUAUUAUUGUCAAUCUUCCAACGUCUUCUCUUCCACCGCCUUGCAAUUGUUAAGCUUUAGAGCAGGGAUGUCCAACAAGCCGAAUGUCCACGGCUUCUGAUUGACUGCAGGAGCUUCCUGCAGCCAAUCAGAAGCUGUGCUUUGGUUUUCGAACGUUUUGGAAGUUGAACAGACUUCCAGAACAGAUUCCAUUCAGCUUCCAAGGUACAACUGUAUUCUUUCAUAUCCCCUAGUUGCAUUUGUAUGCAAGUGUCUUUUAAAAACAACAACUACUACUAUGAAUUCAGCAUGAUUGAAUACCAGCUUGUACCAAGACGUUGUCGGGCUUCAGUAGCAUUUUAAAGCUCUCUCAGCUUUAUCCAGUUAAAUAGUUCUUGAAAAAGUCAGCAUGUAUUUUUUUAAAAAAAUCUUUUUAUCUCUUUGCUGCAUGCAGAAAUUCUCGCCACUCUGAAGGGACAUUCUGGCUUAGUUAAGGGGCUCACCUGGGACCCAGUGGGGAAAUACAUUGCGUCGCAAGCAGAUGACCGAAGCUUGAAGGUGUGGCGUACCAUGGACUGGCAGCUAGAAACCAGCAUCACCAAACCGUUUGAUGAGGUGUGUGUUGUGUUAGCUGUCUCAACAACUCAUCCCGUGAACGAACAUGACUGCAGAUGUGGGGUAGCUUUUUUAGCACAGGGGCUGCAUUCCUUUCCAGGUGGAGGGGCACAGGCCAUUGAUGGGCAGGGCUGGAGGAAGAAGUGGGAGGAGCAAUAAAUGUAAUUUUAAACCUUCUUACAAGAGAUGUCUUUCAAGACCUCCACAAGGGAUUAUUUAUCUGUCCUGUUAGGUUUCCAAGGGGUUGCUCAAGAGCAAGCAGGCAAGUACCUCCCGGCUCGGCUGUGAAGCCUUGCUUUUGAUGCAAAAUAAACUUUAUCUGUCCGGAGCGCCACUCUCCCAUGGCUGACUCAUUCACUGGCAGAAUCCGUGAGUGGGCAGGGCUUAAAUUUUCCCCAGCAAAGUAAUUUCUUGACGCCCAGUUACGUGGGUAACGGUGGACCUCUUCCCUUCCCGCUUUGCCCAGGCAAGGUAUCCUGGCAACGCCUCGCCUCCUCCGAACCCUGCAGCUCCUCUCCACUGGAGGUGUGGUUACUCUCCCCCGCUAAGGAGGAGCUGCUUUCCAUGAUCUUUGGGGGCUCUCUGUAAUCCAUCUGGCUUUUCCUCACUCCCUCCUCAACCGAUGGCAGUUCCCUGACAUGUCCCUUAUGCUUAUUCAACCCCUAGCUUCAGAUCAAGAUGUCAGGGCUCCCAGGUUUGCAGUUCUGGGUCACAGGACAAGUGCAAACCGUUGUUUGGCGGUCCACAUCCUGCAAUCCAGAGGGAGGAGGAAAUUACAAUCUGCAAAGAGAAGUGGACAAGUGUGAGUCCAAGGCACCUGCCAUCCAAGACAGGACUUUGCGCCAAACAUCCAAGGCCCCACUCAGCCAAUUAAGUAGAACGGCCCACAAACAGCAGAGUAAUUGAAGUAAUACACAUUGGCCCCUUAAGAUGUACAUCUGUUAAUCUCAUAUAGUCAAACCUCGGUUGUUGAACGUAGUCUGUUCCGGAAGACGGUUUGACUUCAGAAACGUUCAACAACCAAGGCACGGCUUCCGAUUGGUUGCAAGAGCUUCUUGCACUCAAGCGGAAGCCGUGCGGGACAUUCGGGUUCUGAAAAACGUUCGAAAACCGGAGCAUUUACUUCUGUGUUUUCGGCGUUCUGGAGCUGAAACGUUAGAAAAUGGAGCCGUUCGAGAACCAAGGUUUGACUAAAAGCACCUAACUGAACUCCUGCUUCCUGGCCUGUUCUUGAUCUGAGCCAAGCCGUAGCAGCUGACCGAUUUUGCCUUCUUCAGUCAGGUGCCUUUGAAAUGAGCAGGUGCCAUCAUUUCCAAACUGAGCACCUUGUGCGGUUUCCUCCAUAUAUAUUUGGGUGCAUGUGGCUGUUUUCUGUCCCACAUAUAGCUUAGGAACUCAGUGUGUGUUUUCCCCAGUUGCUGCAUUCUGAAACUGGGGGUUCACGUAGUAUAGGCUUAAGACGGUUGCAAAUCGUAACCUCUGAAAACAUAAGAAAAUAUAGGGAGCCUCCUGGAAAAUGCCAACGGCCCAUCUGGUCCAGCACCCUGUUCUCACAGUGGCCAAGCAAAUGCUUGCUAGCAGGACUUAAAUGCAACAGCAACAACUGGUAUUCAGAGGCGGACCGCCUCCAACAGUGAAGGUACAAUGCAGCAGCCCCAGCUAGUAGCCAUUGGCAGCAUUAUCCUCCUGGAAGCCAAAGUAGUUGGGUGACAUGGGCACCUGUGAGUGCCACCCCAGAUGCUGCCAGUGACAGAUAAUAUGUGUUGAAUCUGGUUACAGAUAAGGGUGUCAUUUAUCAUCCAUGAACAUUUGGCAAACGUGAUGCUCAGUCCUUUCUGUGGCCUGGUUUUACUUUUCAGUGUGGAGGAACGACCCAUGUUUUACGUCUCAGCUGGUCACCCGACGGACACUAUCUCGUCUCUGCUCAUGCCAUGAAUAAUUCUGGUCCCACGGCACAGAUCAUUGAGCGAGACGGGUGGAAGACCAACAUGGAUUUUGUUGGCCAUCGCAAAGCAGUGACAGUGGUGGUAGGUUCAUUUAUUUAAAAGCGUUUAUGAACUGAGAGAUAUGUAAAUACACGUACAUAUAUAUGUACACACACACACACUUGUACAUAUAUAUAUACAGUGGUACCUCGGGAUGCGAACGGGAUCCAUUCCGGAGCCCCUUCGCAUCCUGAAGCGAACGUAACCCGUGUCUGCGCGUGUGCGGGUCGCAUUUUGGCGCUUCCGCGCAUGCGUGUGAUGUAAUUUUGAAUGUCUGCGCAUGCGCGCACAGCGAAACCCGGAAGUAAUGCGCUCCAUUACUUCCGGGUCGCCGCGGAGCGCAACCCGAAAAUAUUCCUCCCGAAGCGUAUUUAUCCCGAGGUAUGACUGUACAUACACAUAUACAUACGCGUGUGCGCGCACAUACACACACACACACACACACACACAGAGUGGUACCCUGGUCCGUUCCAAAACCAAAGUGUUCCAAAACCAAGGCAUGCUUUUCCAUAGAAAGCAAUGCAAAAUGGAUUAAUCCGUUCCAGACUUUUAAAAACAACCCCUAAAACAGCAAUUUAACAUGAAUUUUACUAUCUAACGAGACCAUUGAUCCAUAAAAUGAAAGCAAUAAACAAUGUACUGCAGUCACACAAUCACUCAAUCAGUAGCUGAACUGGGGUUCCACACAGUCACAAAAACAAAACAAAAAGAGCCACAAAAACACAAACCCAAAAUAAAUAGCAAAAACAGACGGACCCCAGUGUAACACUCAAAACGGAAGUGUGGCACGCAAAUUGGAAGCGUAACACUCAAAAUGGAGCACAUCCGGCUUCCGAAAACAGUUUGUAAACUGGAACACUUACUUUCAGGUUUGCAGUGUUUGAGUUCCAACUUGUUUGAGUACCAAGACGUUUGAGAACCAAGGUACCACUGUGUUAAAAAACUAAGCAACGUACUGCAUCAAAAACAAACAAUGUUAUUAAACUAAUAAUAAAACAUAAAAACAUAUAGAAAUAAAUAAAAACAGGAAUGCAGGACAUUCAAACAAAUGAAGAUAGGGCUUGAUCUUACCAGUCAGGCAAAAAGCUACACCUUUACAAGAUACCUGAAGCAGGUGAGAAGCUGCUACCUUGUGCGUAUGGCGGGGGAAGGUUGUCCUAUAGUGCAGGAGCAAUAGCAGAACAUGGCUAUUUUCAGGUCAGUGCCCUGUUAUUUCUUUAAGGUGUGGCACCACCCCUAGAAUUUCCCCAAAUGUUCUAAAUUACUCCCUGUCCUGAUCGUAGACAGAAGUGAAGCAGAACCGAAGAGACAAUUGUUCUUAUUUUAGGUAAUUAUUAAGCCAGGUCUUGCAUGGGGUGGCGGGUGGGGUGGGGGGAUAAUAGAAGAGUAGGCUUCAGGAACAAAAAGUGACAAAUGUGCUUAUUUUAGCUAUUAUUAAGGUCUUGAAAGAAAGGAGGAGGGUAGUCGAGGAGGCUACAGGAGCCAAAAGAGCUUUUUUUCUUUUUCUUUUUCUUGCAAUAGUAUUUCAUUGCAGCCAUCCCAGAAAUACACAGAAUAGGCAUGUUCGGAGAGAUUUAUAUAAUGCUUUGUUUGGGUCAGGCCUGACAUACAAGUUUUAGUGAGGACCAAAACUACCUGCUCGGUCCUCUUUUGCACCUUAGCUCGGCUUCUUAAAGCAAAUUAAUUUUUAAGAGGACCCUCUGGUUGUUUCCCCUUCCCUUUUCUAGAAAUUCAAUCCAAAAAUCUUCAAAAAGAAGCAGAAGAAUGGGAGCUCAACCAAAUCUAGCCACCCUUAUUGCUGCUGUGCUGUUGGCAGCAAAGACCGGUCUCUUUCUGUCUGGGUAAGUAAGUCUUCUGUUCUAGCUGACACGGCCCAGCUCAGGCUGAGGUAGACGUGUAUCUUGAACAGUGGGCCCCACUCUGGUUCUGCCUUUUAGGACAGGUGUAUGAACUUAAUCAAAUUGUUCAUAGGAGCAGCUGGUUGUAAGCCAGCUGUUCAGAGUGCUGAUUGGCUAGUCUUUGCGACCAUCAUUGUGACGCGGCAGCUAAAAAAGCCAGUGCAAUUCUGGGCUGCAUCAAUAGGAGUAUAGCAUCUAGAUCAAGGGAAGUAAUAGUGCCACUGUAUUCUGCUCUGGUCAGACCUCACCUGGAGUACUGUGUCCAGUUCUGGGCACCACAGUUCAAGAAGGACACUGACAAACUGGAACGUGUCCAGAGGAGGGCAACCAAAAUGGUCAAAGGCCUGGAAACGAUGCCUUAUGAAGAACGGCUAAGGGAGCUGGGCAUGUUUAGCCUGGAGAAGAGGAGGUUAAGGGGUGAUAUGAUAGCCAUGUUCAAAUAUAUAAAAGGAUAUAAAAGGAUGUCACAUAGAGGAGGGAGAAAGGUUGUUUUCUGCUGCUCCAGAGAAGCGGACACGGAGCAAUGGAUCCAAACUACAAGAAAGAAGAUUCCACCUAAACAUUAGGAAGAACUUCCUGACAGUAAGAGCUGUUCGACAGUGGAAUUUGCUGCCAAGGAGUGUGGUGGAGUCUCCUUCUUUGGAGGUCUUUAAGCAGAAGCUUGACAACCAUAUGUCAGGAGUGCUCUGAUGGUGUUUCCUGCUUGGCAGGGGGUUGGACUCGAUGGCCCUUGUGGUCUCUUCCAACUCUAUGAUUCUAUGAUCAUGAAGCCACCUUUCUCCCGCCUUCCUGUCAGGCUGCGGAGAGUGCUGACUGGCUGGCCCUUGUGGAAAUCACAAUACUGCCACCAACCACCCUGUUGUGGCUGUUUAAAGAAAGCUUAAGUGAUACUGAAUUAGCUGGUUGGGAAGCUCUUUUUUUUUUUUUAAGAAAAGAGGUGUAAAUUAUGGUUACCAGAUUUUUUUCAAUGAAUCCAGGGACAAUUUUUUUGUUUUUUUGAAGCUGAGUAGCAACAGGGAGUCAGUAGUGGGGAUGGUGAGGCAAAAGACCCUGGGCCCAAGCACACAUGCAUAUUGUAUAAAGGUGCCAAGCCCUUCUUUCGCACCCAGUGAAACAUAAAUGCGCAGUUUAAAAAAAACUGGGCAACGGCCCACUCGUGACUCCUGAGCCUCUUCCAUCUCCUGCCCCCUUCCCCCUUUGUUCUGACAGAUAGGGGAGACUCAGGAGUCAUGCGUGGGCAGCCAUUGCCCAGGAGGGGCACAAGGCGCACGGUUUCUCUGGCAGACAAGGUGCAAAGCCCUUCUUUUGCAGCCUGUGAAACAUAAAUGCGCAGUAUUUUAAAAUAAUGGGCAACAGCCGCCCACCUGUGACUCCCGAGCCUCCCCCGAUCAGUCAAAAUAAAGGGGGAAGGGGGCAGGAGAUCUGUACCGCCGGACGUCCCCGGUUCCCCUUCGGCAGUGGCAGCAGCCAGGAGCCAGGAGCCAGCCGGGUAGCACUGUUGGUUCUGGCUGGUUUCAGGAGCUGCUCGCAGCUGUAGCAUCCGCCAUUUUUCCUCUCCGGAAGUCCCCAUAUGAAGUGUUGCGCACAAGACACAUCAUAUGGGGACUUCUGGAGAGGGAAAAUGGUGGGCACCGCGAGCAGCUCCUGAAGCCAGCCAGAGCCAACUGCGCUACCAGGCUGGCUCUGGGCUGCUGAGGCUGCCAUUGCCAUGUUUCCCGGGGACAGAUUUGCAAAUCCAGGGACUGUCCCCGGAAACCGGGGACGUCUGGUAACCCUAGUCUAAAUAAUUUUUUAAUUGGAUGAAUAUGCUAAGUUCCUGAAAGAGAACAUGGGUGGUGGCAGGGAACGAAUUUCUGUUAGUGGUAGAAGGGAUGUAGAUCUGUUAUAGCGCUUCUGCCUUGCAAGCAGACGAUCGCAGGUUCGAUCCCCAGCAUUGCCAGGCAGGGCUGGGAGAGACCCCUGCUUGGAAACCCUGUAGAGCCAUUGCCGGUCAGUGUGGACGAUACUGAGGUAGACUGGCCAGUGGUCAGACUCAGUAUCAGGGCCGUCUUAAGCAUAUCCGGCGCCGUGGUGCAAAGAUUCCUCCGGCACUCCACCCCCCAUUUCCCAGAGUUGUCAACCUUUUCCCAAGCCUCUGCUUGGGAAGGAAGCUGCACGCCCGCCAGCCAUAUAGUUGACGGGGCGCAGCUGGCAGGCGUACAGGAGGGAAAGGGGAGGCCGCCGGCAAAGCCGCGCAGCUCCCCUACUUGCUGAGGCGCCCCUUGGAGCCUGGUGCCCUGGCGCAACGUGCCAGUAAACCCAAUGGGAAAGACGGUUCUGCUCAGUAUAGGGCAGCUUCUUAUGUUCCUGUAUAUUUAGCAGUAAAAAAGCGAAGCUUAGGGGUCGGGGAGAGUCACAACAGUAAAACCCGUGCUUGUUCCUAGGAGUUAUGUCUGUCUCUGCUAGUGUGUGGUGCAUUAUGGCCCAGUUGCUGUUUUACUGGGAACGUCACUUUCCCUCCCUCUCUCCUUCUAGGUCAGGGCGGCCCAACACAGAACCCGUGGGCCGCAAACUGCCUUGUCACGCAGGGAGUGGGGGAAGCAAGGCCUCUAACUAGGCUUUGGGAAGAAGGAAGGAUGACUUUAGGACCCUCUCAGAGCCCUCACGCCUCCUACCCAACGCCCAGCACCUCGCUUACCCGCCUUUGGGAAGACAGCUUGAAGGCUGGGGGGGGGGGCGUGUGGUGUCAGAUGUUGAUAAGGGCCACCAAAAAAAGGCCUUGAGGGCCUCAUGUGGCCCAUAGGUUGUGCGUUGGACCACCUUACUCUAGGUUUUCCAUUGUUGGGUAUUCAGCUUGCAUGAAUUAAUAUGUUUCAUGAUCUUCCACACGUUGAUGGAUCUUGGAGAAUGGGAUGUGAGACUUGUGUAUGACAAUAACCACCAUGCAACUUUCUGUUGUUUAGCUGACGUGUCUGAAAAGGCCUUUGGUUGUCAUACAUGAGCUGUUUGACAAGUCAAUCAUGGACAUCUCGUGGUAAGAUAUUAUUCAUUAACUACAUUUUAAAUUCCCCCUUUCCUCUCAAGAGCAAGGUAGCGGCUACUGUUCUCAUCACUUCCAUUCUAUCCUUGCAACAGCCCUGUGUGGUAGGUCAGGCUGAAAGAGAGUUGCCGAAGUUCAACCCAUGAGCUUCAUGAUAUGAACUUGCACCUCUGUGAUGUGAUCUAACCACUGCACCACACUGGCUGUCAAAAUAUGGCUUUGAUUGAGACAAAAUAUAUUUCCUUUGCUGUUCACUGGGAAAUAGUGAUCUCCCGUUGCCAGCAAGCCCAGUCAUUCUGCAGUUUCAUUAAACUGUAUCCUUGUGGUCAGCCAUCAGUUCCCAUUUAAUUCUGUAAUGUUUGGCUUCCCAAGUUUUCAGCUAUUUUUUUUUAACAAAAUAAAAACAUUGUGGUUUACAACAUAUCCUUGAUUUUGCCUUUUGCUUGUGGCUAAGGCACCAUGGUAGGGAUGCGGGUGGUGCUGUGGCUUAAAACACAGAGCCUAUGACUUGCCAAUCAGAAGGUCGGAGGUUCGAAUCCCCGCGACGGGGUGAGCUCCCAUUGCUCGGUCCCUGCUCCUGCCAACCUAACAGUUCGAAAGCACAUAAAAGUGCAAGUAGAUAAAUAGGUACCACUCCGGCGGGAAGGUAAACGGCGUUUCCGUGCACUGCUCUGGUUCGCCAGAAGCGGCUUAGUCAUGCUGGCCACAUGACCUGGAAGCUGUAUGCCGGCUCCCUCGGCCAGUAAAGCGAGAGGAGCGCCGCAACCCCAGACUCGGUCACAACUGGACCUAAUGGUCAGGGGUCCCUUUACCUUUACUUUAAGGUACCAUGGUGAGUGCCUUAAAAACAAUAAGAAGUCUAAUAGACGGCAGUCAGUGCAAAAACAAAUGGAAUAAAUUUCUAGGGCUUUGUUCAGGUUGGAAAGGCAGGUGCGGUGACUGGACUCCAAGUCAUACUUGACAGUGCUCAGUUAAACUAUGGAACUCCCUCACCCAGGAGGCUACGUUUAUGUUCUUAUGCCACAUUGCAAUGAUACCUCCCUGCCACUUGAAGGCGCCGCAGUGCUACUUCAGUUUCAGUAAAAAGCCCGUUCCCUCGCUCCUCUUUCUGGUUGCUCCCUCUGCUGGUUUGAAAUGAUUAGGUGGUAAGAGAAGCAAAGCUGAUGAUCUGGGCCUUAAUUGAGCUCAGCACGAUAAUAAAAGGUGUGCCUAAGCAGGAAGUGGGUGGUUAGAAAAAGUGCUUCCCUUCCCCUUUGUUUAAAAGAUUUUUAGGCUGCAGAUUUCAGCAUUGCUUUCGGGGCGGAGUGUACAACCAGAGUAGUAAUUCCCAGUGGCUUUUUUUUUUCUGGAAAAAAAGUGGAGGAACUCACCAUGAAGUUAGUUCGUUAGUUAGUUAUUUAGUUAGUUAGUUAGUUAGUUUAGUUUAUAGCAGGCCCAGUCGCAGCGCCGCCGCCCCCCCCCCCCCCAAGGUAGUGGCUAAAUGUAAGAUGCGAUUAAUAAACUCAAGCAGACAAUGAUCUGGAUUGGCCACAACUUUAUUGAUUACAGAUAUAGGUGGAUUUUUGGCUCAGGCAUUGGGUGUAUAUCCAUUCCAGAACAAAACAAAAAGAAAAAAGAUAUUAUUAUUUAAUUUUUAAAAAUUGAGGGAACUUAGUUCCACCGAGUUCCUGCUAAAAAACCACACACACACCGGUAAUACCAAUAGUAUAACGUAAGACCACAAAUUUAGUCGCAUUAAAAGGAGAGAACAACACUGUAAAAUGCCCAAGAAGGUUUCGGCAAAGUAAAAUGAAACCAUCCAUAAAACUGAUAACGGCAAUCAAAUGAAGUCUGGCGGAUGUCAGGGUAGGUUGCCAUGCCUGGCUUGUUUAGUGAGCGCCCAAGUAAGUAAAGCACGUUAACAUCUCCCAGGAAAUCUGAGGGUUUGAAUUUACAUUUUAUUCCUGUUUGCGUAUAUUAAAAAGGAAAGGGGGGGGAGGUUUGUUUUAAAGCAGGCUGUUUUCAUUGUGAGCAUCCUACUUUUUUGUAUCCCACCCACCUUCCCAAGAAGCUCAUUUUAUUUAUUUAUAAGAAAUAUUUACUUGCUGCUGAUUCAUAAAGAAAAUACUGAAACAGUUUCACGACAGCUGUACAUAAUACCAUACAAUAAAAACUAUAUGAGAAAGGUGAAAUUGGAUAACUGUUGUGGAAAGAUGUGCUCUGAGUUGCCGGCAUAAGCCUGACUGAAUAGAAAAGUUUGCAGCAGGUAUUUAAAAGCUGAUGCAGAAAGCACCUGCUGAGCUCCAGGGAAGGCUGGUACUGUCUGUAACACACCCCAACACAUUUUGCAUUUGCACACCACAAGCUAUCUUUCCGGAAGCUUAUCUGUGGUUCUUUUCUGGCGAGUUUCCCUAUAAGCUGCUGAAGAACCUCCAGAGUCUCUGGAAUAUGUUUCAAAAACCGUUGGCCUGAACCUUUUUCUAUCCUGGCAAAAAAGUAGACAUAAUAUAGAAAUUUGUUGUGGGAAGGAAGUAUUUGAGAUGGCUCAGUCUUUUCCUGUUGAUCUUAUGAAUUCUGUAAUGACCAUUAUUUACUCAUGUAUGAAAUACUAUGGUAUCGAUCAUAACAGCAGCAUAGUCACUCGCCAGUUGUUCCCGCUUUCGCUUGAAAUGGUGUUGUGAGUGUUUGGCUGAUUUGUCGGUCCGUUAGCACGUUGUUAUGGUAUAAAGCAACAUGGACGGCCAGCUUCCAUUUUUGAAUAGCUGCACAGGGAAUGGUGACAGCACAACAUAGGGUCAGUAGGGCAUGAUUUGCCUGCUGCCCCAUAUACAUAAAGCCAUUCCUCUGACCACAGUUCCAUGGCAAUAGACUCCUUUCUUAAGGAGUGCAGCUUGUGCGUGCUCUGAAGCUGAACUGUGUAAAACCAAGGCCACCUGAAGAGCACAUGCAAAAAAAGGCCAGAACUUAGAGCUUCUUAUCCUGCUCCGGUAUUUGAACACCCAUUUAUCUUCUGCAAGACUUUCUUCAGUAGUAGGGGAGUUAGGUCUGGGUGUUCCUGUUGCCUCGAUGGCAUGAGAGCUUUUGCAGUGCCACUCUUUCCCGCUCCGCCAGGGUCAUGUUAGAAAUUCCAGACCUGCCAUGUGGAGUUUCACCCUGCUAGCGGUCAACUUUGGCUCAUGCUGGUACGAGGAGGGGCUGCCAGGAGGACUUCUCCCACUGUGCUUGGGUCUCCCCAUGUUAAUCCUGGCAUUGCAGGAAGGAGCAACUUCUACAGCAGCUCCCAGGAUAUGAUGAGUACUUGGGCUCAGAAAGCAUACUGCACGCUGCUUGGGUUUGCUAAGUUUCUCAGGAAUAUCAUUCAGGAUGCCUGAUAAUUUUGCGGGCUGGUUGAUGUGAGAACUUUGUGUGUGUGUGUGUGUGUUUCUGAGUUUGCCAGCAGGUUAACUACAUCCCACCAAACCGCUGGUCUUCCAGUUACAUGAGCUGUUCUUUCCAGUCUAAGGUACUAAUCAAAAUCCUCCAUCUUUGUCUUCCCAGGACCUUAAAUGGGCUUGGCAUCUUGGUGUGCUCCAUGGAUGGAUCAGUAGCAUUUUUGGAUUUUUCCCAAGAUGAGCUUGGCGACCCUCUGAGCGAGGAAGAGAAGGUACCCUGCGCUAUUUUUUUAAAAAAAUAAUAUUUAUUACUUUUCCAACAAUUUAAACACUAAAAAAAAAGAACAAUACAAUACAAUACACAAACACUACAUAACACUAACACAUUAAACUAACAAAACAAAACAAAAACAGUUUAAAACACAUCAAACAAUUUCAAUAUCUUAUCUUUCAUUCACUUAUUUCAACGACCUCCUCGCACCUCCCUUUUUGUAUUCCACUUCUAUUAAUUGUUUCAGCAAUUCCUUUCCAUCUUCCUCUGUUUUCUAUCCUAUAAUUAUCUUAACACAUUCUUGCCUUAUUUUUCCCUUUAAUAUUCUAUUAAUCUAUUUAUACUUAAUUCCUUAUAACAUUUCUACUAAAGCCAUAUAACCCUGCGCUAUUUUGGAUGGGCUUGCUAAUUAAGGCUGCAGCCCUAACUUCACUUACCUGGGAGUAAUCCCGAUUGGAUUCUGAGUAGACAUGGUUAGAACUGUGCUGAUCAGUCCCAUCUGGGAGAACCUUUUGUUGCCAGGGCGGGGGUCAUGUUGCCAGUUCUAACACAUCCUUUGGAUCACAGCUGGGAAAAUGUGGCAGGUGCACUAUAAACAGGUUAUGUGCAUGUAUUCCUGCACUCAACAGAUGCCUGUUGUUUUUUUGUGUACAUCCCUAUGCUUUUCAAGUCGUCUUUUCUUUUUCUGCCAUCAUUGAAAGGGGAGGUCCAUUAGCUCAGCGCAGCAUUCCUCAACCUGGUAGCUGGCAGAUGCUUUGGACUCCCCCCAUCACCCCCCACCCAGUAUGGCCACUGGGCAGGGGUAAUGGGUUUUGCUGUCCAAAAUAUCUGCAGGGCACUGGGCUGGAGAAGGCUAGCUUAGUAGGGUUGUACAUGCUUUGCAUGCUCAGUCUACAGAAUCAUUGGUGUUUGAAAUGUCCUCCAUUGCUUCCUUCAGAAAUUCUCAUUUAUCUCUUGCUUUUCCUUAGUCUACUGUCUUUUCUGCUCUUCUGGUCCCUCCUGUCUGCAUACUCUAAACCUCUUUCUCAGAGUCCGUCUCCUGCCUUUAUUUUUGCAUAGCACCUGAAUCAUUUCUAAAUAAUGGUGAAAGCCGGCAGACAAAUGCAGCCGGAAAUAAAUGAGUCAGUACAGCUGAAGGUUUCUGCAUUAUUUGGAUAUUUAGUCCGUUGCCCGAGUUCUUUGUCAUUUUUGAUCAAGAUUCGUGCACGCAGUUUAAGCGGCUGCUUUUGUGUUCUCACCUUUGCGCCCCUUAGAGCAACAUCCACCAGACCACUUAUGGCAAGAGCUUGGCUAUAAUGACCGAGGCACACCUGUCUACUGCUAUAAUUGAGAACCCAGAGAUGCUGAAGUACCAGCAAAGGCAGCAGCAGGUGGAAAAGAAGAACGAAGCAGCGAGAGAUGCAGCUGGCUCAGCAGCAGCACCUAAAGUAGCAAGCAUGGUGAAUGGGGAGAGCUUGGAAGACAUUAGGAAGGUAGGUGACCCUGAUGGUGGUUCUUUUCCUUCAUGUCACCUUUGCAAAAGGGGAAAGUUUGGCAUCUGGCUCCUCCUUGACGCAGCACAAAAGGGUUGUUGGUGUGGUUCCCAUGUGUCAUUUACACAGACCUCCAGCCACUCAUGCUUAGUCCUGGAGAGGCUGUGACAUGGACAACUGGAGCCUUGGUGAGGCAUUGAGCGAUUCAGUCAUUUCUUAGAUCCAUUUCAAUCUGAGUUUAGGCCGGGCUUUGGCUCAGAAACUGCUUUGGUGGCCCUGUAUGAUGACCUCUGUCGGGACAGAGGCAGGGGAAAUGUGUUCCUCUUCAUUCUCCUUACCUCUCAGUGGCUUUUGAUAUCAUUGACCGUGGUAUCCUACUGGAGCUGCUGUCCGAGUUAAGGGUGUGUGGUUCCUCAGGGUUCAGUUUUAUCCCCGAUGUUUGAGGUUUUAAACCUUUUUGAAUCCAUGGCUCCCUUGACCAACUACAGUGGUACCUCAGGUUAAGAACUUAAUUCAUUCGGGAAGUCCGUUCUUAAUAUGAGACUGUUCUUAACCUGAGGUACCACUUUAGCUAAUGGGGCCUCCUGCCACUGUGCUGCCGCCGCCCGAUUUCUGUUCUCAUCCUGAAGCAAAGUUCUUAAUCUGAGGUACUAUUUCUGGGUUAGCAGAGUCUGUAGCCUGAAGCGUCUGUAACCCGAGGUACCACUGUACAUUCUUUCUGCGUCACCACUGUGGGGCUCAGGAGCCCAGUAAUGUCACCCCUUGCCUGCAGAGCUGGCAGCCUCUCACCCUUUUUUGAACACCCUGGUGGAGUGUUCUCUCAGCCUCCUAUCCUCUCCCCUCCGGGCAGCCCCUGCCAUCCUCUGGUCUCUGAGCUGCCCCGCCCCAAAGAGAGGUGCCUCCUCACACUGCCCCACAGGCGUCUGGUACUUGUCUGUCCAUUCCCAACAGCAAGAGCUGGUGGACUUGCUAGCUGGGCUCCCUCGCCUGCUUGCUUGCUUACUCCAAGGCCGCCUCGAUUCCUAGCAACCAGCACCCCCUGGCUAGCCCCAGAGACACCAUUCGCCUACAGAGUUUGCAGCCAAGGCUGCUGCAACAAACAGCUGUGCAAGCCUUUGAGAGGCAGAGACACAAGAGGGCAUCAGAGGGAGAAAGGAAAGAGGGACAGAGGCCAGUGUUGCCCACAGCACCCCUGACCAUCAUUCAAGGCACCCCAGGGUGCCACAGCACGCGGGUUGAAAACCACCUAUGAUAUUUAACAUCUACAUGAAACUGCGGAGUGGGCUUAUCCAGAGUUUUGGACUUGGGCUCUAGGAGAUUCAGCAGGCGUAAUCAGUGCUAACUUUCAGACAGCUCCUCAAGCCUUUUUUCAUCACAAUAGGCCUAUUUACCUGCUGAAACUUUCUUAUGAUGAGCCGGCUAUCGUUAUUAUUUUGUAUUCUCUUUAUGGUACCUUACAUUUUAUUAUAACUGUUUUAUUGUAAAGGUCCUAUGCGGCCUUGUUGUUUUAUAUGAGUGGGAGGGGUAGGAGUAUUUUAACAAGCUGAAUAAACAAAAUGUCCAGUUUAUAGACUUUUGAUGCUUUGCAAUAGGCCUUUAUAGCAAUUACAAGCAAAAGUUCCAACAGCCAUCUUUCCCCCCAACAGAAUCUUUUAAAGAAACAAGUUGAGACUCGGACAGCAGAUGGACGGAGAAGAAUCACACCUCUCUGCAUAGCUCAGCUGGAUACUGGGUAUGUAUGUGUAUAUGUGUGUGUAUAUAUAUUCCUCUCACUCUAUAGGCCGAGGGAGCCGGCGUUUGUCCGCAGACAGCUUCCGAGUCAUGUGACCAGCAUGACUAAGCCGCUUCUGGUGAACCGGAGCAGUGCACGGAAACGCUGGAGCGGAAACGCCGUUUACCUUCCCACCGGAGUGGUACCUAUUUAUCUACUUGCACUUUGACGUGCUUUUAAACUGCUAGGUGGGCAGGAGCAGGGACCGAUCAACGGGAGCUCAGUCCGUCGCAGGGAUUCGAACCGCCAACCUUCUGAUCGGCAAGCCCUAGGCUCAGUGGUUUAGACCACAGCGCCACCCGUGUCUAUAUCUCUCUCUAUAUCUAUCUAUCUAUCUAUGAAAUAUAAAAUGACAGGUUUUAUAUUUUCUUCCGUUGAGAUUUUCUUAAAUCAUUUGUAUACUUAAAAAGAAACCCUCAUGUCUUCCUGUUGUGAAAAUACUUCUAGACUACUCUGCAACUUGUCUUUUGAUGUAUGUACUUUUUCUAAGUUAUUGAUGCUUCUUAAAGAUUCAGGGUGAGAGUCAGCUAAUGACUUAUGUAAGCGGAAGCCCUGUGCAAGUUCUUCAGAUAACCUAGACCUAAGCAGUUUAGGUUCUUUCAGGGUCUGCAGGCUGGUUGCCAUUGCUCACACCCUGGUAACUGCCAAACCCAUUGACUACUGCGGUGUACUGUACCUGGGACUACCCUUGGGAAGACUUCCCGGGAAUUUCAAGUUCCCUACAUGUACUGGUAGCCUCCGACUGUUUCUGACACCACAAGGGUGGGGGGCAGUUGCUACAAUGGUGAAAAUCGCAAUGCCAAAUCGAACGCAGCCAUUUCUGAUUGUGUGACUCAGAUACGCUGAGAAUCCCAGAAGGAGGUUGAUGAACUCACCUCUGAGUCUGCAUGCAGCAUAAAUCUUUGUGCUGAUCGAACGUGUCUCUUAGUGCUACUUUAGAUACAAUCUCUUCCUCCUUUUUGUUAUAUAAUUCAAUGCAUACAUUUGUGUUUAAAAUGUAUACACCUUCGAUUAUGUGGCACGUAUAUAAUCCAGCUAAUCUCUUGACUGUUGUCUGUUUGUUUCCCCCCGAAAAACAGAGAUUUUUCUACAGCUUUUUUCAAUAGUAUUCCUAUAUCUGGAUCCUUAGCAGGCUCAAUGAUGUCAGCUUCUCAAACCAAUCAGCUGAUGUCAUUAGAUUACAAUGCAACCAAUAUCCUCUGCACGUCUAAGCCUGCCUUAGAGCCGGUGGCAGUGAGUGUUAAACCAACCGAAGACGCAGGCAACAAAGAUGGGUCAGUACUGGGCAACGGAGAUCUCAUCUUCUAACUUUUUGUGACUUGGGGGCUCUGUCCAUGUACUGCAUGUCGGUCGCUCUGCGACUCUUGUUAGCUAUGAUUUUGUGUUUCUGAAUGAGCCCAUCACGGCAAUAACUUUCAUAUUGCCUCUCACUGAUCCUCAGUGAUUUGAAAAUGUGUUUGAAAAAAAACCAUUCUGUGUAGUUCUAACAAUGCAACAGAACGGGGGGAAAAAUCUCUCUUGGGACUACGUUAAAUGGUUACAGGGAAAUAGUCAGACACCACUUAACCACCGCCGUAUUUUUCGCUCUAUAAGACGCACCCGACCAUAAGACUCACCUAGUUCUAGAGGAGGAGAACAAGAAAAAAAUUGUUCUCUCCCUCUCUGCUCAGCGCCUCUCCAGCAAAGCGGGAGGAGAAACGGAAGGGGCUCUGUUUCUCGUCCCGCUUUGCUGAAGGGGCGCUGCGCAGAGAGGGAAAGCUGCGCAGUGGCUCUCCAGCUAAGCGAAGCCAGGAGAGCAAGAGAGAUCGAUCCCUUUUGCUCCCCUGGCUUCAGCAAAAGCAAUGCGAAGCCUCCUGAGCACAGUGGGAGCGCUCCCGCUCUGCUCAGGAGGCUUCGGGAGGCUGUCCCUGAAGCCAGGAGAGCAAGAGGGAUCAGUGCACACCAAUCCCUCUUGCUCUCCUGGCUUCAGCAAAAGCUGCGCAGCCUGCAUUCGCUCCAUAAGACGCACACACAUUUCCCCUUACUUUUUAGGAGGGGGAAAGUGCAUCUUAUAGAGCAAAAAAUACUGUAAUCAUAAACUGAGGCUGUGUACGAACAAUGCAUUUAAAACACACAACAGCAACACUCCCAAGAAUUCUGGGAACAGUAGUUUGUUAAGGGUAACUCUGAAAGGUAAACUACAAUCCCCAGGAUUCUAUUGGAUAAGCCACGUGCUUUGAAUGUAUGGUGUGUGUGUGUGCAGUCUUAACUUUGUGGGAUUCUCAAAAGCACACACAGACCCAUUAAGGGUUGCACACCUGCUUGCAUCACUUGCCAACUUGAUAAUAUUUUAAGUUUGUCACAAAAAUAGUCUAGGAACAUAGAAAGUUGCCUUAUAUGGAGUCGGACCAUUGGUCUAUGUGGCAAUAUCCCACACUCUAACACAAUAUCGGUUGGUAUUACUUAUCAGUUGUUUAAAUACAUAAGCUGGAGUCAGAUACAGUAAACGCUUUCCAGUGCAGUCGGGAAUUCAUGGUGAUAUAAUCACCAGCCACUUUGUCAGAAGUGAGAAGUGUAGAAAACACCAGCCGGAUUUCCUACAACUGCUAGUAUGCAAAGUGCUAGAUGCAGAGGUGUCAAAAGUACCUUCACCACAAGCCUGGCAAUUCUGGAACUAUACCUGAUGAUCUGUUGGAAGUUGAUAGUCUUUACUUUCCCUUUGUUAUUUUAACUCACGUGCAACUACUCAUCCCGCAUACGCAUUUUAUAGUUUCCUUUUUCAUCUUUUAAUUUUUGCCCGUUGUUAUAAUUGUUCUCCCUGUUUUAUAUACAGGGGUACCUUGGUUCUAGAAUGGCUUAGUUGUCAAACAAAUCGGCUCCUGAAUGCCGCAAACCCAGACGUAAGUGUCCCGGUUUGCGAACGUUUUUUGGAAGCUGAACAUCCAACUUGGCUUCCGCUUGAGUGCAGGAAGCUCCUGCAGCCAAUUGGAAGCCACACCUUGGUUUUUGAAUGGUUUCGGGAGUCAAACGGACUUCCAGAACGGAUUAAGUUUGAGGACCAAGGUACCACUGUAAUUUCAUAAAAUGAAAUUUAAAAAUAACCUUCCCAAAGAAGUACCUGGAAGACAUGGACAAGGCAAGUCACUGGCUUCCAGUGGCUUCAUUCCAGUUCUCUUCACUCAGCUGGAGGCCCUUUCAAUUACCCAGAGGGGGCAGAAGGGGACACUUUACCCAAGAUGUACCAUGUUAGGAUGAAAAACAGCUUCCAUCCUGGGGACUGAUGUGAAACAAUGGGGAUUGAUGUCGCCACUGCUUGUGAACUUUCAUUUUGUUGUUUUGUUGGCCUGUAGAACACUCCCCCCCCCCAUAUAUAUUGCCCCAACUCAGCUUUUCCCCCCUUUUUUUACAGUGUAAAUGCUACCUCUGCUUCAGCUGCUCCACCUGCAUCUUCGCCCUCUGUGCUGCCAGCCUCUUCCAAGAUAGAGCCAAUGAAAGCGUUUGAUUCGAGAUUCACGGAGCGAUCCAAAGCCACCUCAGGGACUUCUGCCAUAACACACACAAAUCAGAUUGCCAUAGACAGGUGAGGAAUGAGCUGUGCCCAGGUGAGAGUGAAGGAGGAAAUUCCACUUCCUCCAAAGUUGCAAUAUCUUAAGACUCCGUUUUCUUGUUGUGUAGCCUGGUACAUGCAAAUGAACAUUCGCUAACCCUUCCCAGCAGGAAAAAAAAAUGUAUAUGGGCAAUAACCAUGGAAACCUGCACUGUGGCACAUUAUAGGAAUGCAAUAAAUCAGCUAGGCAGAACAUUAUAAUUAACCUUAGACUACUGAGCAAGGAAGAAACAACUAAUGAAUAAGACAAUUAAUCAAAAGUUAAUGAAUGAAGACACUGAAGAAUGCGUGUUUAUUCAGAAGUUAAUAAAGAAGGACAUUGAAGAAUGUAUUCAAUCACAUAUUAUUAAAAAUGGAAAGUUAGAGAAGGGUAUUCAGAGGAGCUAGAAGAUUCCUGAAAUAUGUACACAGAAAUAUAUAAGAAUGCUUUGUAAUUGUACCACAUUGCAGUCUUCCUCUGUUUUUCAGGAGACUGUCCCUGUGUGCAUUUGUAGCCAUUAAGGCCUAGUUUUCACCUAAAGACCAUAUAAAAUAAUAAUAAUAAUAAUAAUAAUAAUAAUAAUAAUAAUAAUAAAUAUUUUAUUUCUAUCCCGCCCUCCCCAGCCGAAGCCAGGCUCAGAGCUGCUAACAACAGUAAAAUGAUACAACAUUCUAAAAUCAGUUCAUUAUAAAAUCAGUUCAAAUCAGAUUAAUGGCAACCAUUGGGCUAGAGUUCUGUGAGGAUUGCCAAAGGAGGGGGUCAGGCUGUGCCCUGGCCAAAGGCCUGGUGGAACAGCUCUGUCUUGCAGGCCCUGUGGAAAGAUGUCAAGUCCCGCAGGGCCCUAGUCUCUUGUGACAGAGCAUUCCACCAGAUUGGAGCCACAGCCGAGAAAGCCCUGGCUCUGGUUGAGGCCAGCCUAACCUCUCUGUGGCCCGGGACCUCCAAGACGUUUUUGUUUGAAGACUGUAAGGUCCUCCGUGGGACAUACCAGGAGAGGCGGUCCCGUAGGUACGAGGGUCCUAGGCUGUAUAGGGCUUUAAAGGUAAAAACCAGCACCUUAAACCUGAUCCUGUACUCUACCGGGAGCCAGUGCAGCUGGUAUAGCACUGGGUGAAUGUGAUCCCACAGCGAGGACCCCGUAAGGAGUCUCGCCAUGGCAUUCUGCACCCGCUGGAGUUUCUGGGUCAGUCCCAAGGGCAGCCCCACGUAGAGCGAGUUACAGUAAUCCAGUCUAGAGGUGACCGUCGCGCGGAUCACAGUGGCUAGGUCAGGGCAAAGCACGUGCUUUGUCCCAUAUUCAGACCACAGGAUCUCUAGCUGGGACAGAGAAGCUGUGGCUGCCCAUAUGUGGUUGGACACCAGAUUAAACUUGCAUCAGCAAGGCCAAAGGUUCCCAGGUUGCUCGUUCCUGAUCUGAAGCAUCUGUUGCAUCUGAGCUGUAACUGGCCAUUUAGGUUUCAGCCAAUUUGUGUCCUGAAUGGGAUGGCCGUUCCCACCAUGUUUAGAGUAGUGCAUUUUGUCGGGACGCGGGUGGCGCUGUGGGUUAAACCACAGAGCCUAGGACUUGCCGAUCAGAAGGUCGGCAGUUCGAAUCCCUGCGAUGGGGUGAGCUCCUGUUGCUUGGUCCCUGCUCCUGCCAACCUAGCAGUUCAAAAGCACGUGAAAGUGCAAGUAGAUAAAUAGGUACCACUCCGGCGGGAAGGUAAACACCAUUUCUGUGCGCUGCUCUGGUUCGCCAGAAGUGGCUUAGUCAUGCUGGCCACAUGACCUGGAAGCUGUACGCCGGCUCCCUCGGCCAAUAAAGCGAGAUGAGCGCCGCAACCCCAGAGUUGGCCACGACUGGACCUAAUGGUCAGGUGUACCUUUACCUUUAUUUUGUCCUUACUGCUGCUGCUAACGCUACAUCCGAAGUGCUUGCUGCUGAACCUGGCCAUUAGCCCACCUAGUCAACAUCCUGUUCUCAAAGUAGCCAACCCAGUGUGUAUGGGAAGCCCAAAAGCAGGAGCUGAGUGCAACGGCGGUCUCACCACUUGUGAUUCCCAACAACUGGCGUUCAGAGGCUUACUGCCCCCAACAGUGGAGGGAGAAGAACAUAGUCCUCAUGGCCAGUAGCCAUUGGUAGCUUUAGCCUGCGUGGAAUUUGUCUAUAACCAUCUUUUAAGGCCGUCUAAAUUGAUAACCAUCACUGCUUCUUGUUGGAGUGAUCUCCGUAAUUCUACUGUGCGCUACGUGAAAAAGUACAGUCGUACCUUGGUUCUUGAACAGAAUGCGUUCUGGGAGUCCGUUUGACUCCCGGAACCGUUCGAAAACCAAUGUGCGGCUUUCGAUUGGCUACAGGAGCGUCCUGCAGCCAAUCGGAAGCUGCGCCGGACGUUCAGCUUCUGAAAACCGUUCAAAAUCCAGAACACUCACUUCCGGGUUUCGAUCGUUCAGGAGCCUAUUUGUUCGGGAGCCAAGGCAUUUGAGAUCCAAGGUACGAAUGUACUUUGUCUGCCCUGAAUUGUCCAGGGUUCCACUUCAUUGGAUGGUCCUGAGUUCUAGCGUUGUGAGAGAAGGGGGGAAACGUUUCUCUAUCCACUGUCCCAACACCAUGCACAAUUUUAUAUACCUCAGUCAUGUCUUCUCUGCCAUUUCUCUAAAUUAAACGUCUCCAAAUGUUGUUUGAAAACGUGUGGAUUCUUAAUCAUUAGGCCACUCCCCACCCCCACGAACCAGCCCAGAAACUGCUUUUGAAACUUUGUCGAGUAACCCUGUGUUUCUCUUGCAGAUUGAAGGAGCAGAACUCAAUUAGGGAAAGCAAACCUAAGGAUAUCUUGGAGAGUAGCAGCGACAGUGAGGAAAAGAUCCCAGCCAAGCCUAUGAUUCUGUCCAAGCGUAAACUGGACCUUGAAGUAGAAAAGAAGAAGAAAGGCAGGCCUCGAAAGGACUCAAGACUGAUGCCCGUUACGCUAGCAGUUCAGGUAACUGGGGUGCCUGUCAUCUUCUCUUGUUCAUUUGCUUAUGAAAAAAAAUAUUUAUCUGUACUCGAUUUGCAUCCUGUCUUUUGACUGGCAACCUUGAAGUGGCACAUCCUUUACCAAAUACACAAAGAGCUCAUAGCCCACCUACUCUCAGCAGCCAGAAACAUCAUAGCCAGACACUGGAGAGACCUGUCAGGAGUAAGCAUAGACGAGGGGUCAGCAGAUUUUUUUUUCAGCAGGGGGCCGGUCCACUGUCCCUCAGACCUUGUGGGGGGCCGGAUUAUAUUUUGGGAAAAAAUAUGAACGAAUUCCUAUGCCCCACAAAUAACCCAGAGAUGCAUUUUAAAUAAAAGGACACAUUCUACUCUGGUAAAAACACCAGGCAGGCCCCACAAAUAACCCAGAGAUGCAUUUUAAAUAAAAGGACACAUUCUACUCAUGUAAAAACAUGUUGAUUCCUGGACCGUCCGUGGGCCGGAUUUAGAAGGCAGUUGGGCCGGAUCCAGCCCCCAGGCCUUAGUUUGCCUACCCAUGGCAUGGACCAAUGGUAUCAGAUAGUAUGGGAAACAACCUUAUUAGAAAAACUAACCAACAAACUGAAACUGACACAGGGACAAAUAGAAGAAGAUGCCUUCAUCCCGGUAUGGUUACUUUUUAUCACAUACACAGCCCAACAAGGCAAUGACAAGAAUCUGCCAACAGCAUUCGAAUCCAUCUGGCUAACCUGAUCCAAACACGCACACACGGAAACAAAUUUCACCACAGCCAGUCAAAGACAACCAGCCACACCCUAGGCCACCCCCCAACCUCUCUCACCCCCAAAGGAAUACAAGCGAAUAGUAAAAAGAACUCACACAAGUGAUGCUGACACAAAACCCUACACAUACACUAAGUAGAAUAGAAGCAUUGCCACCCCACCCCACUCACCAUUCCCCCCUCCACCUCUUUCCCCCCUUUCUUCCUAAUGUAACACUGAUGUCUCAACAAAUGAAACUGAUCUGUAGAAAAUGUAACCUGAAAAAAGACAUUGCACAUACAUUUGUAAAUCAAGAAAUCUUUAAUAUAUGCAUUUUUAAAAAAAUAAAAAAUAUGCGGAUAUGUAAAGAACCGUGAAAAAAAACAAAAAAAAACUCUUGGUGGAGCAAGAGCAGGUGGCAAAAAUGUCCCCUUCCCACUGAGAGCUUCGUGGAAAAGAAUCUCCAGGAAGGAGAAAAGCAGGUGAAGACUACAGUGUGCACCUGCUCCUGCUCCUUCUCUCUUUUCUGGAUUCCUUUCCACAGACCGCUUUGUGGGAAGGCAAGGGCUCCAGCUGGUGUGUGCAAUUAAAUGGACACAGGCGUUUUUACGCCAAUCAACCUGGUUGAGUUCUCCUUCUUGCCUUUCAGUCUCCAGCAAUCCUGGCUUCUGAGAAGGAUGGUGCUUGCCACAGUGCACCGCUAGCACUUAAACUGCCAACCCCAGUCCCUCAGAAAUCGUUUGCAUUGCAAGUAAGUGUUGGAUAAAGAAAACCAAAAAACUACACUGACUCUUCUGCAGUUAACAGCAGGUUAGUUCCAAGAGAAGCGCUAGGAUCGGCGUGGACAGCCAGCUGCGGAAACUCCGGAGCAUAAGGAGCAAAGUCUUCACAGUUUCCCAAGGCAGAGGUUCCCAGCAAAGUGUUUGGGGUAUAAAAGGGAUUGGGGAAAAGAUGACAUUUUGGUCUUUCUGCCGACAAGCCGGACCCAUAAAACCAUAUUUGACCCGGACGUUCCCAGAGAUAAGAAAAAUGUAUUCCUUUACGCAACAGCAGCGGCCAGAAUACUGAUUGCAAAGAACUGGAAGGGGGAGAAAAUGCCAUCAUUAUUAGAAUGGCAAAGUAAACUCUGUGAGUUUGUGGAAAUGGCAAAAAUGACGGCAACUAUUAGAGGCCAUUCAAAGCAGAGAAUAAUUAAAGAGCGGGAGGGAGUGAUGGAAUAGAUGAAAGAAUAUGGUUCCGGAACUGUAAAAUGUGCAGGGGUAAGCAAGGAAAUAAUAAAAAAUCAGCUGAACAAUAAUUAAAUUAUAACAACAUAACAAGACGGAAGAAGUAAAAAUAAAAUAAAAUAAGAUCACACAUGGGUGAAGGGGAACGGGGGGUAUAGGGGAAUUUGAAAUAUUAUUUAUAAUAUAAAAGCUUUAAUAUAAAAUUUCUAACUGUGUUGUAUUUGUAUACAGCAAAGAGAAGUUUAGAGUAAUUAGGUAUAUUUUAAUUUAGUUAAUUAUGUAAUAGGUUUAAGUUAGAAAAUGAAUAUGGAUGUUGAAUUUGAUGUUUGUAAUUUUUCUUUUUUCGGUUUUGGAAAUAAAAUUUAAAUUUAAAAAAGGGGGGGGGAAAGAACCAUAUUUGAUCCGGCCAGCUUCCUCAUUUCAGCUCGUGCCUAUUAAAAAGGAUGGAACUGAGUCCCAUAUGCUUUAUUUAUUGCAUUUCUAACCCACCCUUUUUCUCCAAGUUGCUCAGGGUGGCCUACAGGGUUCUCCCUCUCCUCUUUUAAUCACCACAAACAACCUCGUGAGAGAGGUUCAGCUGAGAGGCAGCGACUGGCCCGAGGUCACGCAGUGAUCUUCAUCGCCCAGUGGGGAUUUGAGCCCUGGUCUCCCAGGUUCAUCCAACACUCUAACCACCCCACCCCACUGCCUCUCUGUUAACUUGCCAGCUUGGUUCAGAACAACAGAGGUAGCGAGAAAACAAAGGGAAAAGCCAGAUAAUAGGUGGUUGCUAACUUUGGGUUAAAGUAUCAGGUUAAAUUAUGAAUGGUAGCAUUUCACUUCCUUUGUAAUGAGCCCUUGUUGCUAAGUAUUGGUAUAGCAUGGAAGUUCAGAUGUGCUGUUUUGCUGUAUUAUGCCCUAGAUGAUUUAUUGGGGGUGGGAUGUACUGUACAAUUGACCCUUGGCAGAAUAAUAAAGAUUUGGACUGCAUUGACAGAGUAGAGCAGAUUCACUGUACAGUGGUACCUCGGGUUACAUACGCUUCAGGUUACAGACUCCACUAACCCAGAAAUAGUAUCUCGGGUUAAGAACUUUGCUUCAGGAUAAGAACAGAAAUCGGGCUCUGGCAGCGCGGCGGCAGCAGGAGGCCCCAUUAGCUAAAGUGGUGCUUCAGGUUAAGAACAGUUUCAGGUUAAGAACGGACCUCCGGAACGAAUUAAGUACUUAACCCGAGAUACCACUGUACUUAAAUGCUGUUCCUUACCUUUCCUCUCAAGUCUGCAGUUGUAAACCGCAGAGAGCUGUUUUUUUAGGAGCAGUAUGUAAAUUUAACAAGCAAAUAAAAUAUGAGAAGGGCCUGGUAACAAUGAUGAUUCUGAAUAAUGCCGCUGGCAGGCACUUUUAAUAGCGUUUCAGUUAUUACUACAUAAUACAGUAGCUGUGAAUGGACAGGUAUUUCAGAUGAGACACCGUGUUUGAGCAAUGUGUGUUCUUAAAUAAAGAAUCUACCGUUUUCGAUGCUGGAUAACAGCACCUUCACAUUUCCAGGGUGGUUUUUUAUUGUUUGAAUUGGGAUAUAUAUUUGACAUUCUCUUGCUCAGCUUUCAUUUUAAGAGAACCAACUUUUGCAGGUCAGCUCAGAUCCCUCCAUGUACAUUGAAGUGGAGAAUGACAUCACCGCAGUGGGAGGUUCAAAACUCAGCAGGUUAAAGUGUAACCGGGAAGGAAAGGAAUGGGAAACGGUCCUCACCAGCCGAAUUCUCUCGGCAGCAGGAAGCUGGUGAGUGUGUGUGUGUGUCUCUGUGUGUGCAUGUUGAAGGCAUCAACUUGGUGUAUAAAGCCCUUAAUGUCUUGGCAUCAGUUUACUCAUGGGAUCACCUUACCCCAUAAACACCUAUUCAGGCGCUGCAAUCUGUGGAACCAUCUGCUCAGUGACUUCCUGUUCCUGUGCCACCAAGUCCCAAGGGCAGCUCUCUGAUUAGGAUAAAAACAAAAUUAAAAGUACAUCCUGCGUGUUCCACCAGCUGAUGGAAUGCUUCAUAUUGAUAACAGAAGGGCAGGAUGGGAAUGUCUUUCAGAAAUAUACCGUAUUUUUCGCUCUAUAAGACGCACCAAACCACAAGAUGCACCUAGUUUUUGGAGGAGGAAAACAAGAAAAAAAAUUAUUCUGAAUCUCAGAAGCCAGAACAGCAAGAGGGAUCGCUGCGCAGUGAAAGCAGCAAUCCCUCUUGCUGUCCUGGCUUCUGUGAUAGCUGCGCAGCCUGCAUUCGCUCCAUAAGACGCACACACAUUUCCCCUUACUUUUUAGGACGGAAAAAGUGAGUCUUAUAGAGCAAAAAAUACAGUAUUUUAGGUUUUCGGGUGGAAGCUGUCCCGUUCUCCCAAGCUUUCUCUGGGAUGCAAUUACGGAGAUGUUUGUAGCUUUCCCCUCUUGUUUACAAUGGAGGUUGGGUUGUGCUUUUUUAAAAUGUGUUUUUAUUUCUUACUUUCUUGUUGUGUUUUCGUUUUGUGCGCAAGCCACUUUGGAGACUGUUCAUGCAAAGCUUGACACGUCGGUCUUAUUGAAUAACUGGAAGUUCUGAGUUGAUUUCUCUCCCCCGUCCCCUGGCUCUUUUCCAGCAAGGUAGUGAGCGUUGCUUGUGAGAAGCGGACCCUGUCUGUGUUUUCGGCUUGCGGCCGCCGCCUUCUCCCUCCCAUCGUCUUGCAUUCGCCAAUCUCCACUUUGCACUGCACGGGCUUCUACAUCAUGGCUCUCACCACGGCUGCAACCCUCUCUGUCUGGUAAGCACUAAGCUGUUGUCGUUUCAGUGGCCCUCAGGAAGGUUACAGCCAACAGGUGCAGAGGGAGGAAUUCAGCUAGUGCAAUGGCAGCUGAUUCAUUUCAGCUUACCAAAUGAAGCAAUCCCCUCUCUCCUUCCCUCUUGCACUGUUCUUGGGAUUCUCCCACCCCCCACAAAAGCCAAUUUUGGGGGCAAGGGAGACGGCAGGGGGACCUCAUUGUGCUAGCACAACUCCUUGCCUGAGCUUCCUCUGGCCUGACUCGUUUGUUGAAUCUGAUGGCAGAGGCAGAACAUAGUCAUUGUAGCUGGUAGCCAUGGGUAGCCUUAUCCUCUAGUGUUUCAGUACAGCUUCUCAAAAGCAGGACCUGGUUAAUUUCAGGCUUUCCCAUGUGAGCCGGUGCCAAUGAAGUGAUAGUCCCCUGAAUCCUACCAAGAAUUAUAUUGGUGUGACACUUAGCAUCCUAUGAGGCUGCUGCCAAAGUUCCAGCGGCAAUUCCUUGGUUUUCAGUUUUAAUAUUUUACCGUGCCGUGUUUCAGUUUCUCCCUUUGCAGAAAUGCCUCUUCUGUGUUUUGCUGAACUGAAAUGCCAUUCCCUUUCUGUACUUUCCAGGAAUGCUCAAAAACAGGCAGUAGUGGUGAAAGACGAGUCCCUGCAAACAAUUUUAGCAGGUAAUGAAAUUAUUUCCAGUUAGGGGUGCUUUGUAGUGCUAUGCAUUAAACCAGGCAUGGGCAGACUCGCCCCUCCAGAUGUUUUGGGACUACAACUCCCAUCAUCCCGACCACUGGUCCUGUUAGCUAGGGAUGAUGGGAGUUGUAGUCCCAAAACAUCUGGCGGGCCGAGUUUGCCUAUGCCUGCAUUAAACGUCCUGUGUGGUCAAAACACGUCACCCUUAACCCUUCAUGGCCACUUCUCCCCCUACUCCUUCUCCUUUUCAUCCCCCUCCACAUUUAUUUUCUUUAGACAUGAUGGAUUCUACCCAACUAAGCUCUACCCAGACUUGUAACCCUGCUAUGACUUUGCUCCAAGGAAGUCUCAUUAUCUGAUUUGAUUUUUACAGGAAGCGAAACAACUGUGUCUCAGAUCUUGUUGACACAGCAUGGCAUCCCCUUAAUGAACAUGUCUGAUGGAAAAGCCUAUUGCUUUAACCCUUCUCUGUCUUCUUGGUAAGCACCUAAAGGAGUGGGGGAAAUGGGUUUGUUGAGUGCGUUCCUUUGUCCAAGGGUGGAAGCUCUAAACGUGAAAGCCAACCUUUGCUUAUUUGUUUAUUUAGAGCAUUUGUACCUCCCUCUUCAGCCAGUGUAGGCUCCCAGAAUGUCUUGCAUAUAAUCAAUUAAAACAAGAUAGUUCCUAUCUGCAGGCUUACAGUCUUAAAAGAGAGAGAGAGAGAGAAGACACAAUAGGGGAAAUGGGCAGGGAGGGAAAUUGGGGGAUCAGACUCAGGCACCUGUUCUUAAACAGCUGUUCUUACAAUGAUCUUUUUGCACGGUUUGGGGGCAAGAGGUGCCUGAUGGAGCCGGGCUUUUAUCAAAGCCAAUGGAAUGAACCCUACUUCUCAUCUCUUCAUCUGAGGCAGUCUGCUGGAGUGGCAGACUACCCCCGUCCCAGGUGACAGUUGAGGUAGAAGAGGCCUGAUGGGGAUGGCCUCAUUUGUGACCCUCUGCUUUACCCAAAACAUGUUUGCAAGCCACAAUUUCCUGCGUAAGCAAACAGCUUUGAGCACUUUGUGUUGAGACCCUAGGUAAAGGUAAAGCGACCCCUGACCAUUAGGUCCAGUCGUGGCCGACUCUGGGGUUGCAGCGCUCAUCUCGCUUUAUUGGCCGAGGGAGCCGGCGUACAGCUUCCGGGUCAUGUGGCCAGUAUAACUAAGCUGCUUCUGGCGAACCAGAGCAGCGCACAGAAACACCAUUUACCUUCCCACUGGAGCGGUAUCUAUUUAUCUACUUGCACUUUGACAUGCUUUCGAACUGCUAGGUUGGCAGGAGCAGGGACCGAGGAAUGGGAGCUCACCCCGUCGCGGGGAUUCGAACCGCCGACCUUCUGAUCGGCAAGUCCUAGGCUCUGUGGUUUAACCCACAGCGCCACCCGCAUCGGUUGAGAUCCUACUUGUAUAUAAAUAUUAAAACUAAGUAAAUAUCCCCCCUCUCAUUUCAGUUUAAUCCCCUCCCCACCCCCUCCUUUCCUUUUUAAUCACCUCCAAAUGUUUUUUUGUCUUUCCAGGAACCUUGUUUCUGACAAGCAGGAGACUCUAGCGCAAUGUGCGGACUUCAGGAACAGUUUGCCAUCGCAGGAGGCUAUGCUGUGUUCAGGACCGUUAGCUAUAAUACAAGGGAAAACGUCUAAGUAUGGACUUACUAAACCUUGUCUUUUUGUUGUUGUUGAUGCCUCCCCAGUAGUUUCUGUGGCGUUAUCCCUGACAAGAAGCCGAAUUUUGCAUAGCUGGGGGCUAGUUUAUUCCUCAAGGUUCACACGCCGUUCUCGGUGCAAAACCUAAUUAUGAGAAUCUAGAGCGACAAAAGCAUAGAGCCACUGCCCUACUGGAUUGGAUUAAAGGUCUUUUUAGUCCCGCAUUCUGUUCCCAUCUGGAGGGCCAGGGACUAAAGACCAAGUGUGUGUAACUGAAGUAAUUGAAUAAAGGUAAAGGACCCCUGACCAUUAGGUCCAGUCGUGACCAACUCUGGGGUUGCGGCGCUCAUCUCGCUUUAUUGGCCGAGGGAGCCGGCGUACAGUUUCCGGGUCAUGUGGCCAGCAUGACUAAGCCGCUUCUGGCAAACCAGAGCAGUGCAUGGAAACGCCGUUUACCUUCCCGCUGGAGCGGUACCUAUUUAUCUACUUGCACUGGCGUGCUUUCGAACUGCUAGGUGGGCAGGAGCAGGGACUGAGCAACGGGAGCUCACCCCGUCGCGGGGAUUCGAACCACCAACCUUCUGAUUAGCAAGCCCUAGGCUCUGUGGUUUAACCCACAGCGCCACCCUCAUCGCUUCAGUAAUUUAAUAGUCACCCCGUUUACCCUGGUGCCCUUUUUCCUUCCUCUGUUGUCUCCCUCCUGUCUCCCUUUACGCUGUGAGCUGUUUUGAGUAAGGACCUGUCCCUCUUUGUGAAGCACCAUCUACAGGGGCGAUCCAAUAUUAAUGGCAAUAAUUCAGAAGCACCUGCUAUUGUUGGCUUGCUGUUACAAGCACAGAUAGCUUCUGGCUCGUGCAAUCCUUCGUCCCCCUCCAUUCCCGAUUUGUGAGCGGAAGCUUCUGAUCUCUUGGCGAAGCUGUGUGGAGGUGGAGCAGGGAAGAGAGUGUGAGCUCAAGGUUGCUGUUGAGUACAACAUCGAUACGGACACCUACAGUUGAAGCAGUUGCUUCUUCGCUCCUGAAAACAUUCCUGUCACUGCUCUUCAUUGCAGCUCCGGGAGGCAAGCGGCAAGAUUGUUCUCCAUGCCUCAUGUGGUGCAGCAGGAAACGACUCUGGCGUAUCUGGAGAGUCAGGUAGCUGCAGCACUGACUUUACAGUCAAGUCACGAAUACCGCCACUGGCUCCUUAUCUAUGCACGGUAUCUAGUUAAUGAAGGUGAGGCUCCGAGUGUGUAUGCAUGUGCUUCUUUCAGCAAAUUUAACAAAAGAAAGAAAGAGAAAACAUUAGCACACUUUAAUGAACAUUAAUAUAUCCGUCUUGCUUUAGACGUAUAUAAGUUGAUAGAUAUCCUAUUUAUUUAUUUAUUUAUUUAUUUGAUUUUAUAUACCACCGUUCAUCAGAAGAUACCAGGGUGGUUCACAAGAUAAAAAUACAAGAUAAAAAAGCACAAAUAAAUGGUUAGAGCAGAAACAAUAAAGCAAUAUUCCCCCCACUCCCACAAUCACAUUUAAAAAGCUGUAGAAUAUGAAUUGUCCAAAAGCCUGGUUGAAGAGGAACGUUUUCACCUGGCGCCUAAAAAUAUAUAUGCCAUCCAGAUUUCCUGGCAGGUAUCCAAACAAAAUUGACAUCUGUAAGAAGUGCAUUAAAAUAGCAAGGGCAGUCAGCUCCUUAGACCACCGCAGAAUAAAUGGUGGGUGUUUAAAUGUUGGGAGAUACCUUUCCCUCCCCCUUCCAUGUUUCUCUCCAUGCUGCUUAUGCAUCUCUUGUAUGAGAGUUUUUGUCCCCAACUCACCUUUGUUGCCUUAACCCCCUUGUCAGCACCAUGGUCAGCAACUGGUCCCUCUCCUUAUGCGCUGACUUGCUGCAAACUGACCCUCAAGGAACUCCUGCCCCUACAGACCCUCCCAGAUGUUACAGUGAGCAGAGGCGGCUCUCCGCUGCCCUCAGAAUUUUGGGUGGAAUAGAGGUGGCCAGGAGAGCUGCUAACUUGUCAGAUUCCCUCUCCAAGAGGUGCAUCAGGAACCAUCAUUACAGUGGUACCUCUGGAUACGAACUUCGUUCCGGGGGUCCAUUCUUACCCUGAAACAUUCGUAUCCAGAGGUGCGCUGUUCUGUGCAGGCACGGGCAGCGGUAGCCCGCUUCCGCACAGGCGCCGGCAGCGGACACCUUUCCUUUACAGUCAGACCUCGGGUUACAGGUGCUUCAGGUUGCGUUUUUUCGGGUUGCAGACCGCCGAAAUCCGGAAGUACUGGAACGGGUUACUUCUGGGUUUCGGCAGUUGCACAUGCGCAGAAGCGCUAAAUUGCACUUUGUGCAUGCGCAGAAGCACCGAAUCGCAACCCACGUGGGCACAGACACGCCGUUGCGGACAAUGCGGGUUGUGGACGAUGCGGGUUGCGAACGUGCAUCCCGCACGGAUCACGUUCACAACCCGAGCAUCUACUGUAGAGUGGUACCUUAGAUUAAGUACUUAAUUCGUUCCAGAGGUCUAUACUUAACCUCAAACUGUACUUAACCUGAAGCACCACUUUAGCUAAUGGGGCCUCCUGCUGCCACCGUGCCGCCAGAGCACAAUUUCUGUUCUCAUCCUGAAGCAAAGUUCUUAACCUGAAGCACUAUUUCUGAGUUAGCGGAAUCUGUAACCUGAAGCGUAUGUAACCUGAAGCGUAUGUAACCUGAGGUACCACUGUACUUCCGGGUUUGCUGUGUGCGUAGCCCAAAGCAUUCGCAAAGGGGGCAGUUCAUAUCCAGAGAUACCACUGUAUGUAGUUUCCGUCAUAUGUUGAAGAUGAACCUCUUUACCCUUGUCUUUGACACCGAACAUGCAUAUUUUAAGGACCCACCUUAUUCCCAUGACUCUCAAUUUGUCUUAAACUGUUUUACAUACUGUGUUUUUAAAUUUUUGCACCCUACCCUGGGACCUUAUGGUGCAGAGCAGGCAAGAAAUCAAAUCUAAUAAUAGUAAAUAUGCUUGGAUUCAACUGAAGCAAUUCAGCUGCCUCUGAGUUUUUUCCUGACAUUAACUUGGCUAGCUCAGUCACAAAGUCAGUCCUUCGAAGAAUGGAAUAAUAUGCAGUGUCACUAUCCAUUUCUGGUUCUUCAGUGUGAAUCAGACAAUAGACAGAACCUUAACUGUCAUGAACAUGGAUGGUCAACUUUUUAAAAAAAACAACACAAAACCAAGUUCAUAACAAAUUCUUAGCUCUGUCUUCUUGUUUUUGUCCUAUUUCUUACUCAAGCAAUUUACGGUACUCCUGGGAUCUUGUAAGGGCUGCCCUCACUACGUUCUGCUAUAUGAUUUAUGUAAAGGAUUUAUUGUGAUGCCUCUGAACAUGAUUUCACCUUCUGUCUUUUAUCAGGGUUUGAAUAUCGAUUGCGGGAAUUAUGCAAGGAUUUAUUGGGUCCAGUCCACAGCUCAGCUGGAAGUCAGUGGGAAGCAACUGUUGUGGUAAGGUGGCUUCCUUUCAGAAUAGAUUACACAAAUUCCUUGCCUCUCUCUCUUCCUUUGCGGAGCGGCAAAGUUACCAAGGAGAAGGUCCAAAACAUACAGUCCUGGCAUUCUGACAAUCCAGCCACUCAUCAGACAAGCAAUCAUUUAUCAUACAGUCACAGACCCACCAAAAACAGAGCAGAGAAAGAAUAAAAUCACACUUGUUUAAAACACAAUACAAUGCACAAGGUGAAACAUAUACAUAUGGGUUACAAACUACAACUAAAUGAGAGCAUCAUAUUCUAAUAUCAGCCAAGAAAAGUUUCAGGUACCAUUCUGGUGUCCUUCCUGGGUGUUCCUGAUAAGAGAUGGCAAAGUAGUCUAUUACAUUCUACUCCAUGAACGUCACUUUCAAAGAAAACAGGACCCAACUUUUCAACUACUUCACCUGCAAUGGGACACAGACAGCCCUUAUCCGGGACACCUGGAAGAUGCCCUUCGAAUAUUGCUGAAGGGAGACAGUUAUAUCUGCCUUUAAAAUAGAUGGCGAUACUUGGGGAUAGUCAAAUUACCUAGCAGCAGAAUAAAAACCCAUUAUCUCCAUUCAGAACACAAGCGUCAAAAUUGAACUCAGUAGUUUUACCCAGGCAUUCCUUUGCUCACAAACUGCCACGUUAAGGACCGCAACAUCGUGUCCUGGGAGGCUGAAAUUCUCUGCUACUCUCUUGUGAAUACUGUCCUUCCUGAUGUCAGAUCUGUGCCCUUUCUCUUGCCACUGAGAAUUCUAUUGGUUGAGAGCUACAAAUUAAUGUUGCUUUUGUAAAUAUACAUACAGUGGUGCCUCGCAAGACGAAAUUAAUCCGUUCCGCGAGUGUCUUCGUCUAGCGGUUUUUUCGUCUUGCGAAGCAACCCUAUUAGCAGCUUAACGGAUUAGCGCUAUUAGCGGUUUAGCGGCUAUUAAAGGCUUAUCGGCUUAGCAGAUUAGCUGCUAAAAGGCUAUUAAAGGCUUAGCGGCUUAGAUAAAGGGGGGGAAGCAGAAAAAAAUCUCAAGACUCGCAAGACAUUUUCGUCUUGCGAAGCAAGCCCAUAGGGAAAUUCGUCCUGCGAAGCAACUCAAAAACGGAAAACCCUGUCGUCUAGCGGGUUUUCCGUCUUGCGAGGCAUUCGUCUUGCGGGGCACCACUGUAUAUAUAAACAAAACAAGGAAAAGCAUAAGUAUUAAUAGUCAGUACUGUCAUCCCAUUAGUUGAGGAGAGGCUUUUAAUGUGUUUUAAUUCGUUGGAAGCUGUCUAAAGUGGAUGGGGCAACCCAGUCUGAUGGGUGGCAUAUAAAUAAUAAUUUAUUAUUACAGUCAAACCCCAGUUGUCAAACAUAAUGCCUUCUGGAAGCCUGUUCGGCUUCCGAAAUGUUUGACAACCAAGGCACAGCUUUCAGUUGGUUGCAGGAGUUUCCUGCACCCAACCAGAAGCCGCGUCGGACGUUCCAAAAAACAUUCAAAAACCGGAGUAUUUAGCUGUGGGUUUUCGGCGUUUGGGAGCCAAAACAUUCCAAAACGGAGACAUUUGGGAGCUGAGGUUUGACUGCAUAUUAUUAUUUUCUAGGGUUUUUUUCCCUAUGAAGAAAGAGAAGGAAACCCAGCUACCCAGGGCAUGGCUCACUUGUCUUUGAGGGCUAAUAGUCCCUUAUUUUAAAUCAGUUAAUUCACAGCUUUCCAGUCUGUGUGUCGCGACAUGUUAGUGUGUCAGCGGCAGCGUGUAGGUGUGUCACGCAAACAUAUCCCGCACGCCUUCUGGGGCUGGAAAGGGGUUAGUUUAACGUCCUGUUUGCUAGUAAAAAAUGAAUUACUGUGUCUAAAAUGUGUGUCGCCAAAGUGAAGAGUUAGGAAAGCUCUGAGUUAAUUUGAUGGCAAGGCCGGGAGGCAGAAGUCACCUGCCUCUCCAGCGCGGGACCCAAUUUGUCUUAUGUCGGGAGGCAACAACAAGCAUGUUGCUGGCUGCUCCCAGGAAUGAGCAGUUGGGUCCUGUUCCCCCACCCGCCUACCUUUGUGAUUAUCCUUGCGCAUGUAUGUGAGCCAGUGCCGGCUUGGGAACAUUAUGCAUCAAUUUAUUCUCUGUGAGUGAUAUGAAGCACUUUCCAGCACAACUGUGACCCUCUAGUUUUUCAUGCAAUACGUCCUCCAGGCAGCCACUUACUUAGCGACAGUUGACGCAGAAAGAGAAAGCCCCCAAUCUGCACAAGCCCACCAUAGCUAUAGGGACGCGGGUGGCGUUGUGGUUUAAACCACGGAGCCUAGGGCUUGUCGAUAGGAAGGUCAGCGGUUCGAAUCCCUGCGACAGGGUGAGCUCCCGUUGCUCAGUCCCAGCUCCUGCCAACCUAGCAGUUCGAAAGCAUGCCAGUGCAAGUAGAUAAAUAGGUACUGCUCCGGUGGGAAGGUAAACGGCGUUUCCGUGCGCUGCUCUGUUUUCGCCAGAAGCUGCUCAGUCAUGCUGGCCACAUGAUCCGGAAAAACUGGACAAACGUCAGCUCCCUUGGCCAGUAAAGCGAGAUGAGUGCUGCAACCCCAGAGUCGUUCACAACUGAACUUAACUGUCAGGGGUCCUUUAGAUUUACCUUUUAUCAUAGCUAUACAGGUGAUUCCCCACUUACGCAGGGGAGAGCACCCUCCAAACACCCUUGAAAUGCCCUCUCUGCCACUGUCUCUCCAAUCCAGAUUUAAAAAACCCAUACACUUUACCAAAAAUGUCCACAACUGGAUUUGAAGCUCUGGGGCCGGCAGAAGGCUGGAGGACACACACAGUUGCUGCUGCUGCUGCGCUACCACACACAUUAGAUGUUAGGUGGGGAGGCUGAGCAGCCUAAACAAAGCCCCACUGAGCAUCCAGUCUCUUCUCCGUCCUUACUGAUGUCCUCUUAGGGCUAUGUGGAACAUCUCCUCGCAAGCCACAAGGACUCCAGCUCUCCUCUUCCAUUUCCUGGUAUGAAUUAAAUUACCGUAUUUUUUGCUCUAUAAGACUCACUUUUUCCCCUCUUAAAAAGUAAGGGGAAAUGUGUGUGCGUCUUAUGGAGCGAAUGCAGGCUGCGCAGCUAUCCCAGAAGCCAGAACAGCAAGAGGGAUUGCUGCUUUCGCUGCGCAGCGAUCCCUCUUGCUGUUCUGGCUUCUGGGAUUCAGAAUAUUCUUUUUCUUGUUUUCCUCCUCCAAAAACUAGGUGCAUCUUAUGGUCUGGUGCGUCUUAUAGAGCGAAAAAUACGGCAAUUGUUUCCCAGUGUGCAUACGUGGUUGUGCAUAUGUCAGUCACAAGUGGGGAGUCUCCUGUAAUCCCACAAUCAAACUCUGGUAUUUGCCAUGUGAUGGACAUUAAAGGAUUUAUUUUCCUUUCCCAUGCAGGGCUUACGCAAGCGAGAGCUCCUCAAGGAACUGCUUCCCGUCAUCGGUCAGAACCUUCGUUUGCAACGGCUUUUCACCGAAUACCAAGAGCAGCUAGAUAUCUUGAGGGACAAGUAGCGCCUCUGCAGAUCUUUCUCUGGCCUAAGGAAAAAAGAAACCAAUUGCAGAAAAGCAUUAAUAACAGGUGGAAACGGAAGGGGCCAUAGAAUGGAAUACUCCUGGGAGAGAUGCGAAGAAGAACCAGGCCCCGGGGUGUUUUAAUGAGCAAAAUACUGAUGAUUUUUUGAAAGGAGGUGACAAGAGGAAUGUGUGGGGGAAAUGGGGAUGAACAGAGCAUGCUUUUGCACCCCCCCUCCCCAUGUGGAAUUUGAGCAUCGCUACCGUGGCCUGUGGCCGCCAUGGAAAAGUUCUGGAGAAUGUCCUUCGGGGUCCUUUUGAUUCUAGAUCUCAUAGGGACAAAUAUCAAAGAGACUACCUGGGGAACCAGUUGGGUUUUGGAUAUCCCGUGAAAAGCACAUUACAAGAAGAUAAACUGAACAUCUUAUUAACCCUCAUUCUAGGGUUCUUUGCUAAGGAUUUAUUGAGGCUCUGUCCUAUAUUUGGGUUAUAUAAGAAGAAGCCCCAUAAAAGAAAAAGAAAAAUUCAUAAAAUACUUAAGGAAUUAUGCAGCCAACAGACUCUCUUAACUGUGAAUAACAAUAAAAAUUAAAAAAAAAAAUAUUACAGGCUGUUCUAUCACAUGGACUAUUUUUGUACUAGAAUUUGCUAACUUGUAAUAUGAAAUUUUAUUUGGCCAAUAACCAGAAUUCCCCGCCCCCUUUACCCAAAUCACCCUGGUUGUAAUGAAACGUAACCCAUUAAUUAUGACAGCUAUAUUGCUGAAUAACUGUACCAAAAUUAAUGUCAUCUGGUUUUUGAUUUUUAACUAUUUGUAAAAGGCAUUUGUGGGGGAG